UGUGUAGGGGGGCUGCUGGAACAGGAGUAGGAGGGAGGGAUGGGACAGCGGCUGUCUUUUUCAGAUAACAUAAUCUGCAGAAUAACAUAGACCCUUGGACCUGUGAGGAAGCUUUAGUUCGCGAAAAGCACUAAGCACAGAGCAGGCAGAGGAAAGAUCUGUAAAGAUGGGCAGCAUCAGCAAGGAGCUCACUUUUGGCACUGACAAUCACCAUCUGCAUGACAAACGCAUAGGCACCAAAGAACACAUCCUUAGUGACAGCAGAGUGCUAAAGAGGGAUUACCACCAUAGGUGAGUGCUUACCUGGGUGGGCAGAGAACACCUAACCUAGGGUGGCAAUAGAUCUAUACAAUGUGUGUUUCAGAUCCUGUAGAUUUUGACAAAAAAAAUUAAGUUUCAUGUAGUUGCAUGACUUUUUCAUUGACUGUAUGAUAAAUAUCUUGCAUUGCUGAAGAACUCAAAUUGGCAUACAGGGUUAUAGCCUAUUAGUCCACUAUCCCGGUGGGUUUAAUACGAAUUAGAGUUACAGUAAUGCUUAGGUUUACUUCCUGGAUGUUGUGUGUAAUAUUUCAAGCUGCUUUGUGUUCCAGACAGUUAAACUGUUCAGUUUACUGUCGUAAAGAAAGCAGGCAUACUCUUAUACAUAUCAUAUUAUUCACAUUUGGACCUCACAGGCUUAUUUAAAGCCAGAUGCCAUUUCUCUUAAAUAGGACUUUGGCUGAACUUUUAUUCACGUUAGGUGCAUUGCAGGUCAAAUAGUCAGGGUUGGCUUAUUUUUAAUAAGGUAAGAGUAAAUAUACAUAUUGGUAUUGUCAUUGCCUUUAUUAUCAGUGUAAUUCAAUGAAGGGUUUACCCGUUCAUAAGCCUGGAAUAACCUUUAAACCUAUUUGGUGCUCUCUACCAAGGUGUUCCCUUGAUCAAAAAGUAGAUAUUUCUUAACUGAUUCAGUUUAGAGCAAACUGAUAUCAUUCUAGGUAAGAAAUUGUGAAUUGUUUGCUUAUAUAUAGGCUAAAAACCCAUCUUUAGCAUCAGUUCUAUAAGACAUAUGUGUAAAACUGUGAAAGAUUACUGUAGCCUGCUGUACAUCGCAUGGCAGGGUGGAAAAACAUAUAAGGAUGCUAAGUGCCACUGAAUGUGUCUCCAGGUCUUCCUGUUCUACUUAACUCAGUUGCUGUCUAACUAAGUCUGUUCUAAUGUCAAGACAAGAUGACAAAACAAUAAGAAGCUGUUAACAUAGUUCUAAUCCCACUCCUACCAUUAUCUGGGGGCACACAGCAAAAGAUCUAUCUGUUCUUUCCAAUACAUGGCCACAUAGAAGGUGUAAGGUAUUGGGUUAGAGUACAAUGAGUCCCUCCUACAAAAUUCCAUGGUUUUCACACAAACAGAAAGAAACUAUAAUUUUGUACACUCAGUCUUUCCCGAUUUUUAUAGAAUGGUACAAGCACUGGUAAAAAGUGUGUCAGGGCACAUACAACCCCAAUAACAGGGCAAUGCAGUCACAAGAAUAUAAUGGGACAUACAGUCUAUCCCAUGUACUAUAGGCGACAUAAAGAAAAUGAGGCUCUAUAUAUAUAUAAUCUCAUUACAGAUUAAUGGUUCCCAGUUAAGUAUACGUUCUGCUGUUGUACUGUAGUCCCGUCAUUCAGUUUCAGCCGCAGGGGCAGGCCAAAGGACAUUACUGUAGUUUAACAAAGUUUGUCAAUGGAAGGUAUAGAGGGAUGGCCUGCUCUACAGAUUGACACAAGAGGUUGCAGAACCUGUUGUCUAUGACAGAUGUCCAAGACUGAUACUUGGUCUCUCUCCACAGAGUGUUCGUGAAUCGGAGCCUGUCCAUGGAGAAAAUAAAAUGCUUUGGUUUUGAUAUGGAUUACACACUGGCUAGUGAGUUAUUGUCAUUUGCACAUGUAAAUAAUGGGUACCUGAGAAUGGCUGGUCUCUGUGGUGGAAAGGAUGUAUAAAGGGAGAUAAAAUAAUAAAAACAUUUGAAGAGCAUGAUUAGUUUAUUGGAUACAUUUGACUGCUUCAGUAUUGCUUACUAAAAAGUAAGUAUUCUGAUGUUCUAAUAUAUGGGCUAUGGGAGGUCAUUUGUUAUAGGUCACAUCUCCAUUUCUGUAAGCCUGUGGCAGGACCCAUUUUCUGAAUACAGACAAGUUAUCCAGAAGUGGCUCACUUUGGUUGACCUAUCUUUGAUCAAACUGGCUGAAGUUAAAAUUUUGUCCACAAGUGACAACCCAAAACUGGAGUUUGGAUAACAAGCUCACAAAAUGUCCAUUCCCCAGUGUAGGGUUGUACUUUGUCAGACCAUUUAGUGAUAUAAGUAAGUGUUAUUCGUCAAUGUGACUAACCUAAAAAUAUUUCAACCCCCUAAAACAGUCUUUGUCACACACGAUAUUAGAGGUCUAAACUGUGCUGGGUCAGCUUGGCAAAGAUCCCAUUAGCAGUUAAACUGUGGUUGGGUGUCAUUCACAAAGUUUAAUAAAAUUCACUUAGAGGGGAACUAUCCCUUCCAGGUAUCUUCUCCUUAACGAAUAUGUAUUUGAGAUGUGAGAUGUGAAAAACAAAAUUAAACAUAUCUUGAUAUUGCCUGGUGUUCAACUAGAAGAAAAUCUCCAGUCUAUUUCAAGAAGUAGUGGUCUGGUACCAGCUACAGCCAGUUACAUAGCAUGGACAUGGAUGUCUAUCACACUGCAUAUGUAGAGAGCUGACAUGGGCAUAUAAACAGUUUAUUUUUUUUUUUUUUUAUAACUUAACCCCUUAAGGACUGAGCCAAAUGUACACGUUGUGAACAAAACAAAACGUAAACAAAACCUGACAUUUGCGCUACAUGUCUGUCCAACCGUAAUUCUCCUCUUUCAUAGUAAAUGCACCCACCCUUAUUAUAUAUCAUUUUAUUCAGGGGAAACAGGGCUUUCAUUUAAUAUCAAAUAUUUAGCUAUGAAACAUAAUUUAAUAUGACAAAAAUGGGAGAAAAUAAUAUUUUUUAAGAUUUUUUUUUAGUUCUACAACACAUUUUAACUGUCAAUGUCAUAAUACUGUUUCCUUUUACUGCAAUAAAAUACACAUAUUUGUAUUCAGCAAAGUCUCACAUGUAAAACAGUACCCCCUAUGUACAGGUUUUAUGGUGUUUUGGGAAGUUACAGGGUCAAAUAUAGCACGUUACAUUUGAAAUUGAAAUUCGCCAGAUUGGUUACGUUGCCUUUGAGACUGUAUAGUAGCCCAGGAAUUAAAUUUACACCCAUAAUGGCAUACCAUUUGCAAUAGUAGACAACCCAAGGUAUUGCAAAUGGGGUAUGUCCAGUCUUUUUUAGUAGCCAUUUGGUCACAAACACUGGCCAAAGUUAGCGUUAAUAUUUGUUUGUGUGAAAAAUGCAAAAACCGCCAAUUUUGGCCAGUUUUUGUGACUAAGUGGCUACUAAAAAACUCUAGACAUACCCCAUUUGCAAUACCUUUGGUUGUCUACUAUUGCAAAUGGUAUGCCAUCAUAGGGGUAAUUUUCAUUCUUGGGUUACCAUAGGGUCUCAAAGGCAACGUUACCAAUCUGGCGAAUUUUAAUGUGAAAAAAAUGAAACACAAGCCUUAUAUUUGACGCUGUAACUUUUGAGAACACCAUAAAACCUGUACAUGAGGGGUGCUGUUGUACUCGGGAGACUUCGCUGAACACAAAUAGUUGUGUUUCAAAACAGUAAAAAGUAUCACAGCAAUAAUAUUGUCUGUGUAAGUGCUGUUUGUGUGUGAAAAAUGCAAAAUAAUUCACUUUUACUGGCGAUAUCAUCAUUGUAAUACAUUUUACUGUUUUGAGCAAAGUCUCCUGAGUAAAACAGUACCCCCCAUGUACAGGUUUUAUGGUGUCUUGGGAAGUUAUAGGGUUAAAUAUAGUGCUAGCAAAUUAAAUUCCCUAUACUUUCGGCAUGGGUUGUCAGGCAGGUCCCGCUAAUUGUAAUGAAUUAAAAUACCUAAUUAUGUAAAAAUAUUAUAUAAAUAUAUAUUAGAAUUAAUAUAUGUAUAUAUAUACGUAUGUGUAUAUAUAUAUAUAUAUAUAUAUAUAUAUAUAUAUGUAUGUGUAUAUAUAUAUAUAUAUAUAUAUUUUUUUUUUUUAUAUAUAGGUAUAUAUAUAUAUAUAUAUAUAUAUAGUGAUAUAUACGUAUAUAUUUAUGUAUAAUAUAUGUAAUAGUAGGGAUUGAAGAAACAAACACGUAUUUAUGACACUGUAGUGCUGGUGUGGUAGUUUCGGUGACCAGCCUUGCUCCGAUCAUCCUGAAAAAGUGAAAUUACUCACUAUUCCCCUCACACCACGCCAGUUUUGCUUUAGCUGGUCCCGCCUCCAUGACUGGAAUAAUCAGUCUUGAUGAUCUCAGCCAGUAAAAAGAAAAGUAGAAAAGUAUUGGGAAGCUAUUGUGCAUGCCUGGUAAAACACUUUGCUGCGCCAUUCAGCAUCUCCUCAUGGAGAUUCAUUGAAACAAUACAUCUCUAUAGAGAACAUUCAGCGUCUCCAUGAAGAGCGUGGAGACACUGAACACCAGUUCUGCACAUUGUGCAUCACUGGAAUAGGAAGCACCUCUAGUGGCCGUCUGGGUAACUGUCACUAGAGGUGUUACUAGACAGCAAUUUAAACAAUGCAUUUUGUCUGAAAAGGCAGCGUUUACAUUAAAAUGCCUACAGGAGCAGUAUAAAGAUACCCGAACCACUACAUUAAGUUGUAAUUGUUCUGGUGACUAUAGUGUCCCUUUAAAUUAAUAAUAGUUGUGGUUACUUUAGCUGCAUUACCAAGCUAAUCUAGAUCCUUGCAGGGUAGUCUGUAACUCCUCAUGUUCAAAUGUGAAGUGUAAUUUGAAACUUUUCAAAUAAAUACAACUGACAGUCGCUACAUUUCUAGAUCAGGGUUAUUCCACGUGCCCGUAUUUCUUUUAUCCAACCCAUAUCGUGCCUGUUUUAGAAUUAUUAUUGGUUUAGCCAGUCAAAUCCCUCAGUCAUGCAUUGGAAUACUCCAUGGCUUUCUAUUGUACUUUUAUAAAACACAGAUAAUUUGUCAUUUUCAGAAGUAAUAUUUUUCCAGUACAAAUGUUGAAAGACAUGGCAUGUAUCAAGCAAGGUGCGUGCUGUUUUUAUUUAGGGUUACCAGAUCCACCAUGUUUUCAGGGACACAUGUCACUUAUACAGAUUGAUGGGCAGCACAUGAAAAGGGUUGCCGUGCGGUAUGUAGAACUCAGAAGAAGGUGUAUAAAAUAAAAUGAUUUGGCAAUGUAAAAUCCUGCAGAAUAUGCAUUGUACAUACUGCUGGGCAAACCUUUUCAUGCGUUUUCAUAAAUAUGCUGCUCACAUCAAAUCACCUGUAUGUGUGUGAUAGAGGAAUAAGCAUGUGCCUUCUCUAAAUCUACUGGUGUGUAUUCUUACUGUUCAGACACCAGGAGAUGAUUGCUUAAGCACGCCACUGUUAGAGGCCCAGGAAGAAUAGGGUUAUUUACUAAAGUGAGAAUUCAAAUUGUAUUUCAAAUUUAAGGGAAAAGUAGCCGGAAUGUUUCUCCAAGUCAGCUAUUUGGUUUGGUUACUUUGUCUUAAAAUGUUCAAUUCACUUUGAAUUUGCACUUUAGUGAAUAACCCUGUAAAUGUUAAAACAUCAAAUUUUCUAAUAAUAUGGAAUCACUGAGUAGGGGUGACAUAGGAAUCUCCCUGUAUGCUACAGCUUGAUCAUAGAGAAAAUAAUGGCAUAUACUGUAUUUUUCCAUCUAUAAGAUGCCCCCAUGCAUAAGACAACCCCUAGUUUUUGAGCCCAAACUUAAGAAAUACAUAUUUUAAACUGUAGCACUGAAGUCCCUACCGCUCCCGGGUCCUUUCACACUCCGGUAGGCUGCUCCCCAUCCUGCUGUUAGCCUACUGGGGAUGUCGGGGCAAGACCUCACCCUGCAACGUCUAUCUGUUGUCUGGAGCCAUGAGAUCUUGGCGUGGUCCAGAGUGAUGCGAGAAAGCAUUCAGUUGUGCAAGAUCUCCGAGACCUGCACACACAAUCGAUCAAAUUCACGGAGAAGCGCCUCAUCAACUUUAAGUAUGUCAGCAGGUCGCAGAGGUGUAGAACACCUAUGUCCGCGGGAACCUGGCAGUAGUGUAUUCAACCGUCAGCUGAGUGUUCUGUCAGCGAGUAGCCAAGUUCUGUACCCCAGUUGCACUGAGUAAGUACUGUAAGUAUUUGGCCUAAUAAUUAGAUUUUUGAAGGUGCUCCAGCCACAUGCGACUAGCUUGGUUGGCUGUCAAGCCCUGCGCACAAGUGUUUUUUUUUAACCCUUGCAAUGUCAUUCCAUGUAUAAGACGACCACCAAUUUUAGACACAAAUUUUUUAGAAAAAAACAUAGUCUUAUACAUGGAAAAAUACGGUAAAUUACAAAGAGCAUGCUAUCAUUUGGCUGUAUUUAUAUACAUUACCUUAAGGUUUAUUUAAAAAAUGUGACAUCAUACAUCUCAGUUCUAUCUUGACAGAGCCAUGGUACAAAAGUGAUGGCACCAAAUCUGUCCUUCUACUCUAUAUCAAUAUAUUAGUAACAGUUUUACCUGUAAUAACAUUCAUAUUGAUUGAUAGCCUUGAGAGUUUGUGACAUGGAUAGUUGUUUUGUAAAUAACCAUUGCAGGGCCUUUUCUUUAUAAUUUCCAGAAGUUUUUUUUUCUCUUUUCUGCCCUGAGCUUACCGCUCCUAUUCUCCCCUCCUGUUGGUAAAUUUGGACCAAAGAUAUGGGACAUAUCAACAGAGAGAAGAAUUCACAUAAAGUAGGCCAAGACAGUUAAAUCUUGUUAGAAGAGUUAGGUUCAGUUUACACUACCUGGGAUAUAUGGCAUGAAUGAUUUAUCAGCUCACAUAUUUCCUUUAUAUUACUCUGUGGAGUAAAAACUUGCAAGACAUCACUUAGAAUAAACAAAACUGUUGAGAAAAAAAAGGUUAAAAAAGCAAAUACUGCUCUUUUUGUUUACUUCUUUUCGUGUUUAUUUUUAUUCAUAUUUUCUUUUUUUUUAUGCUCUUAUCUAUAAUCAUUGCUACUACUUACAUGGGGACCCCGCUCUCUCAACAGUGUUGAGAAUAUCAGACACCUGCACCUUGCACAACACAGGCAGACGGACCCCCUACGACCGAUAAAAUAAUGGUGUCUAUCUUAGCUAAAACCCCUCCCCCUGCCACUCCCAUGGUUAUAGGUAAUAGAUAGGAUGCCACAUAAUGUACAAUGUAUAUUGGAGCAAUGCACACACAUGGUACUCUAACAUGUCCAGAACUACUAGGAACUCCUUAGACACGUACAUGCAGGCAUCCAAACCUAUAAGCUUGAGCUGUUUUUUUACACGCUGUUAACAACAAUGUAUCGCAAGGAAAACACCUUACCAUAGUUUGUCAAAAUGAUAAACCAAGCACGAAAAAUAAAGAAUUAAAAAAUAAAAUAAAAAGCAAACUAGGUUACUCUACUUUGCACAUAUUAGCAAACACAAAUUCUAAUAUUCUGUCUCUAAUUUUCCUCUUUGCCACUCUCACCUGUAGUGUACCGGUCGCCUGACUAUGAGGAGCUUGGGUUUGAACUGUUGUUGGACCGGUUGGUCUGCAUUGGAUAUCCUCAUCAGACACUGGAAUAUAAAUAUGAUCCCACUUUUCCAGCAAGGUGAGUGAUUUCACUUUUAUUACCAUUUUUCCAACUCAAAAUGGCUUCUUUAUGAUAAUGCAAACUGCUGAUAGAACCUGGACACAUACUUUUGGUUGGAGAAUAGAAUCUUGGUCAACAAAUUCCUAUUGAACACAAACAUGUAUUGAAUCAAUGCAUCUUUAUGAGGAAAGUUUAGUGUCUGCAUGCAAGGGGUGGAGACACUGAAUGGCAGUAUUGCACAGGGUGCUGCACUGCCCCAGGAAGCACCUCCAGUAGUCAUCUGAGGAGUAGCCAGUGGAGGUAUCCCUAGACUGUAAUGUAAACAUUGCAUUUUCUCUGAAAAGACAGUGUUUACUGCAAAAAGCCGGAAGGGAAUGCUUCUAAUCAAUAGAACAAAUACAAUUAGUUGUAGUUGUUCUGGUGACUAUAGUGUCCCUUUAACAGCAUUGAAUUCUACCACAAUUUCAUUUUUUUUUACCCUCGUAUUGGCAUUUUUCUUAGUUACAUAGUAAUCCUGGUUAAAAAAGACUCAAGCCCAUCAAAUGCUACCUUUCACAUCUCUGUUGCUGUUGUUGAUCGCAAAGAAGGAAAAACUCUGAUUAUCCAGUUUGUAAAAAAAAAAAAAAAAUAUAUAUAUAUAUAUAUAUAUAUAUAAUCAUUUAAACAAUAUUGUUACCCAAGUGCAUGAUGGCACUGUUACAAAUGCUUUGUACAUUCUCAGCAUCACAGCAUAUUGCAUACUCAACAUCGAACCUAAUAUGCGUGGAAUUACCUAGGUGCAAAAUUUAUAAUAAGGCAAUUUUGGUGUUUCUGCUCAUUCUGAUAAGUGAACGUUGUUGCUCUUGGCUUUGAUUGAGAGUAUUUAAACAGACAUUAAAGGGACACUAUAGUCACCAGAACCACUACAGCCUGCAGGCUGAGCACUGUAAAUGUUGCAUUUUCAGAAAAGAUGCCACUCGGGGCGCUUCCUAUAUCAGUGGUGCACUGUAUGCAGCACUGGCGUUCAGUGUCUCCACACUCUGCAUGGAGAUACUGAACACUCUCCAUAAAGAAACAUAAGGAGAUGCUAAUUGACGCAGAGCAGUGUUUUGCAGCGUAUGCGCUUCAGCCUCCCAAUACUUUCCUAUGAGAAAGCAUUGGAUUUGCUGAAAUCAUCAAUGUUCAUAAUCUCAGCAUUGAAGUUGGAGACAGCCGUGGCGAGACGACCGUGGCAUGUAAGAAAAAAUGAGUAAAAUCACCUUCCCCAUGCGAUCGGAGGGGGGCCAGUCAUCUAAAUAGUUAAACGAUAUAGUAUCCUGAAAUACAUAUUUGUAUUCCUGACUCUAUGGUGUUUCUUUAACUAUCAAUAACUGUAGUGUCAAGUGGUACAGGAGAUACUGUAGCUGGACCAGUGACUAUAGAGCUAUCUCAUUGGGCCACUGUAUUGUAGAAAAUCCCCCACACGCACAGAGAUAAACAAGGCAAAUAUCCAUGAGACAAAACAAAGUAAAAGUAUAUAGUUUGUUCUUUUGUUAUAGUUUCUCUCUGAUAAUGAACGAAAGGAGAAUUUCAAAUUUAAGAUGAAAAUAGCUAAAAAUUCCCUAAGUUGGCUAUGCUUUCAGUUCAACUACUCUAGCCUUAAAUUUAUAAUUCACAUUGAAUUCACCUUAGAAAAUAACUCUGUAUGUACCAUGAAGGGAUAUUAAUGAUUGUCAGUCCUAUGAACACAAAUUAUUCUACCAUACUGUCCCUUUACAUUGACUUCUUGUUCUUUUCGACAUAUACAUAUUACAUUCUUACUUUGUUCUACAUUCAAAAGAUUACAUCGUUUCUAUUCUACACACAGAUAUUAUAUUGUUUUUCUGUUCCAUGGCUAAACAGGUGCUAUUUUGGGGGCAAAGUGCUAAGCAGUUGAAAAACAUUCUAUUAGUUUCCAUGCUGUUAGCUCCCUAAUUACAUUAGAAUAGCAUAUGUUUCUGCCUUAAUAGAUCCUGUACGUUGUUACUCUUAUCUACAUACAGAUAAUACAUUGUUAUUCUGUUCUACAUAUAGCUAUUACAUUAUUUUGUUCUACAUACAGGUAUUACUUUGUAAUGCUGUUAUGCAUACAUAAAUGAAAGUCUGUUUCCAAAGUACAAAUUCUAAUUCUAAACUCUCUCAUUUUCUGUCCCAUUUAUAGCUAUUAUUGUCUUUUGUAACCCCACAUGCUCCAACCUGCUGCCCUAUAUACAGAUAUUGCAAUGUCACUUUGCUCUACAUACAGGCUAACUGAGUAUUCUGAUAUUAUUAUUAUUUAUUAUUAUUGUAUUAUUUAUAUAGCGCCAGCAGACUCCGUAGCGCUGUACAAUGGGUAUGUUUACAUAUAUUAUAUUGCCACACAUAUACUACACCUAUUUUACUAUAAUGAUAUUAGUGGUGUUCUGUUUUAUUUGAUCUUACAUGCAGCUAUAGAUUUAUUCUUGUGUUCAGUUUUCUUUCUGAUUGCAUGUAUACUCCUAUGUGUAUGUAUUACACUUCUAUAUAGUCCUACUUACAUUGUUAUUUGUAUCUAGAUGAAUGUGUUAUUUCUAUGUGCAGAUUUGUCAGUGCUAUGCUAUCAUUUGCACAAAGCCUGUUAUCUCGUGUAGGCAGAUACUAUUUUGUGUUGUGUCAUGUUACACCUGUGUAUUCUUUGAUAUUUAGAUCACAUUUGUAUUCUAUAUUUUUAACCCGGAACAUGUAAAUGGCUUCUCCAAAAUAUUAACAGGCUCUUCUAAAGCAUUUUAAUUAUGUAAUUAAAAACCCAGUGUAGGGGGGGCGGGGCCUGACCGCCAUGCUGACUGGUCGCGUGCGGGAGAGGCUCUUGCACAAUCUGGCCAUCUGGGCCGAAAACUACGGAACAAACUGCUCUUAUUUCAGCCUAGAGGUACAGCAAAGUGAGCAGGGAGCUGUGGGCACUACUGCAGGCCCCAAGAUCGGGAGCUUUGGAGACCCUGAGGGUUAUACACAGCUUUGGAGCCUGUGGCCUAAGCGGGAGAGAAGCGGGGUGGACGGCCGCCACCCUGCUCGAUAAUCUAGCAGCCACACAGCAACCCUGUGACACUCCUCACAGGCCCCGUCCCCCCCCCAUGGCCCGGGGGGGUUAUCCCGGUCCACAGUGGAGAGAUCUGACACCAUCAGGAGCAGAUCCCACGGACCUUGGUCUGCUCUCGGACACCCGCGCUCUCUAAACAAAAUGGCUGCCUCACAGUCUGAACUAGAAAAGCUGACUACCUGCAGACAGGAACCACAACACUGCUAAAUGCUGGCUGGAGCACCCACUCCUGGACUGUCUAGCCACACCAGCAGAGGAAAUGGCAGCCCAAGCCUUUGUGCCAGGCAACUGGGUCCGGCUGCCCUCCUGGACAUUGAGACGUGAGAGGAUGUUCCUCACAUCGCAACCCAACGCCAGCACGAAUUACACCAGCCAGGACCCCCAGAUACAGGACCAGGCCUUAAACCGACGGAGCAGUACUUACCGAACUCUCCUACUUGCUGGAACCCUGCCAUCACUUCCUGCACACAAAUCAGCAGCGGGAGUGUGCUGAAGAUCGCAUACCUGAGGGGACUGUGUUCUGUCUUUGUCUGUAGCACCCAGGUUGACUUUUUGUUUCUCACCACCUCUUCUCAUUAUUUUCGCACUGCACUAAGUCCCCCAUGUCACACACCACUACACUUGCACUGUAUAUUUCAUAGCGACAAACUGAUCAACGAGACUGUUCUUAAAUGUCUAGAAUCUUAAUACCUCACCUACUGUGUUUUCGCUGCUCAGGCCUGUCGUGAUUACAUGGAAUGUAUGUCUUACAAGCAAACACAAAUAGGCAUAAAGGUGGUGAUGCUUAGAUGGUACUGCGAGGAUACUCCACAAAAUAAGCGUGAUCAAAAUCUAUACUUAAAGCAUGUUAACCUAAAGAGUCAUGUGACUAGCCAACUGUAUUGCUAUUGACUGCUCUUCUGACUCCAUUACUUAUUUUUCAAUAACAUAAAAUGUGCAUUAUUUCUCAUGUCACACAAUUGUUAAGCUCUACCUGAUGUUAAGCAUGCACCAGCUGUUGUGGCUGUGCAACCCUGUAUGUCUAACUGAUGAACAAAUAAAAUAAAGAAUUGAAAAACCCAGUGUACAGUGGAUAGAAUAGCCAUUUUAGUAUUCAGGUCAUAAUUUCUAUCCCUGUACUGCACGGAUACAUGUAAUUAUUUUCUGUAAUGAACCGGCAAUGAUGCACAGAUCACCUACGUGCAGUUUUAGAUCCCUCAUCUUGGAGAAACCAGGACAUAAACGCAACAGUUUGUCUGAGAUUAAUGUACAUUACACAGGGCCGGUGCAAUGAUUUUUGGCUACAGAUGUGUCUCUCGUAACCCCCCUUUUGAAUUUGUGGUUGUUGUACAGGGGGCUUGGAUAGGGGCUGCCAAAAAGAUAAAAAAAAUUGGAUAAAAAAACCCAAAAAAUUUAUCUCCCCCUCCUUGAGGCUUACCUUGGGCCAAGGAGGAGUGAGAUAGGAGCUGGAGCCUGCAGCCAUCACACAGCAGCAAUUUAAGUCGGCCGGCUUCUCCUGAUGAUGUCUGGAGGAGGGGGCGUGACUUCCACUGCUCUUCUCCCAUCCGCUGGGGAGCCUGGGAGAAGAGCAGUGGAAGUCACGCCCCCUCCUCCUGAGAGGUAAGUUUAAAAAUCCGAGCCCCCACACAGAGGCAGGGGAAUCGGAUUUUUACAGCCGCACGCCAGAACUGUGGUGAUGUUUCCACUUGGGAAAGUACAUAAAUAUAAGGCCCUCCAAUUAACCCCUACACUACAGUAAACUAUCAAUAAACAAUAAGCACUAUACUAUCAACAAAUCUCUUAAAUUACACCACAAUAACUAUUAACCUGGCCUAUACUAUGCUAACAUCCACCCUCCACUACUCUAACCAUUAUACCUUAUUAUCCUUACCUAACAUUUACAUUAACACUAAUCCUAACAUUCUACUGUAUCCAUUAUAGUGAGGUAUUCUAUACUGUGCAUCCAUUAAACUUUGAUAUUCUGUACUCUGUAUCCAUUCUACUGUGGCAUUCUUUACUAUGUCCAUUAUGCUGUGAUGUUCUAUAUGGAAACAUUGUUAACAGUUACAAUUAUCCCUACAAUGCCUAUAACAAGCCCCUAAAAUUGAGUAUUGCAUAAUGAUAAUAAUAAUUAUAACAAAAAUAAUCAAAUAAUAAAUAAAACCUUUAUAAAGUACUCACAUUGAAAUUUUCAUUAUGAACAGAAUCGUUCUUUCUCUUUAUUAGUUGGAGGAUUUUCAGUGAGCUAAGACCAGGUGCUGUCGUUUUGGCAUUUGGCCACAAGGAAUUGUUUGUUCCAGCAUCCGUACAAACCUUGAUCUUUAAAGCGGCUCUGUCACCUUCUGGGGUCUUCCCUUAUUUUGCCCAGGUAGUGACUCGAGUGCUCGCAGCGAGGUGGCUGCGGGGUGGCGGGAAAGGUGAGUUUUACAUACAUGAACCUAUCCUUUACAGCAGUGAUGGUGAACCUUCUUGAGCCCAAAUGCCCAAACCGCAAUACAUGCCAAGUUUUUUUCCAUACCAACACUCCAAUUAAACCUGAAUACUGAGGUUUAAGUUUAGAAAAAACAACUCGUACGGUUGUCCAAACUAAUUAACAUCUUUUGUUUUAAAAGAAGAACACAACAACAGAGAGUUUAAUGAUACAAAUUUUAAAUAAUGAUAUAAAUAAUAGAUACGAUUAAGCUUAUAUUUAUUAGUAUCACCAACAAGUGCAAUACAUACAUACAAUACAUACACACAGACUGCUGAGCACAUUCACACUCCGACUGCUGAAUACAUACACACACUGACACACACACAGACUGCUAAAUACACACACAGUCCGCUGAAUACAUGCACAAAGUCAGCUGAAUACACACUCAAACAAACAUACACACAGACUGCUGAAUACAUACACACAGUCCGCUGAAUAUAUACACACAGACUGCUGAAUACACAGACUGCUGAAUACACACACACACAGAAUGCCGAGUACACACAGACAGACUGCUGAAUACAUACACACGGUCUGCUGAAUACAUACACACAGUCUGCUGAAUACAUACACACAAACACACACACAGACUGAUGCAUACACACACAAAGUCUGCUGAAUACACACACACAGACUGCUGAAUACAUACAGACUGCUAAAUACACACUCACACACACAUACUGCAUUGAGUGGUGCGAUGUAUGUGGUUGUGUGUACAGGUGCAGAGUGUUUGUGGAGUGCUGUGUGUGAAGGGUGCUGUGAAGGAUGCUGUGUGUGUGUGUCUGUCGGGUGCUGUGUGUAUGUGUGUGUUUGAGGAGUGCUGUGUGUGUGGGGUGAGGGAUGCUGUUUGGGGAGGAGGAGUGCUGUGUGUGUGGGAGGGGUUCUGUGUGUGUGGGUGGGGUGCUGUGUGUGUGAGGGGUAGGGGUGCUGUGUGGGAGGGAGUGCUGUGUGUGGGGGGGGUGCUUUGUGGGGGGAGGGGUGAUAUGUGUUUGAGGAGUGCUGUGUUUGUGAGGCUGGUGCUGUGUCUGUGGGGGGAGGGAGGGAUGCUGUUUGGGGAGGAGGAGGAGUGCUGUGUGUGUGGAAGGGGUUCUGUGUGUGUGGGUGGGGGUGCUGUGUGUGUGAGGGGUAGGGGUGCUGUGUGGGGGGAGGUGCUGUGUGGGGAGGGGUGAUGUCUGGGGGGAGGAGUGCUGUGUGUGGGGGAGGAGUGCUGUGUGGGGGUGGUAGGGUGCUGUGUGGGGGGGGGGGUGGUGGUAAAGAUACAUUAAGAAAAAUACAUAAAAUCUUAAUCCCCCCCCCUCCCUUUUUCUUACCUUUGGUGACGGAAGGGGGACACAGCCAGCCCUGGUGGUCCGGUGGUGGUAAGUAUGUGUCUAGCUGCAGCUCUCCUGUCCUCCCGUGCAAUGCUGUGUGGUACGUUGCCAUGGCAACGCGAGGCAACGCUCCAAACAGCCUGCUUACGGGGGGACAGGAGAGCUGCUUGCCAGAUUCCUCGCUCUGCCUCCUGGUCCUCCCGAUACGAAUGCAGAGUAGGCGUCUGCCGUUUUGGGGCCUACUCUGCAUUACUGCCAACUGGUGCCGGCACCCACCCCCCCCACCAACCCCUCCAGCAAACUAUGGCCGCACGUCCACAGAGAGGGCUCAGUAUGCGAUAGGUUCACCAUUACUGCUUUACGGCAUUCUAUCAGAUCAUCUUCAGCUCCUGAUGCUUCUUUUGCCAGGAACCAACGUCAAUGCUGUAUUCUCUUGUAUGUGCUGGAGUACAACACUGGUGUCUGUGGAGGACCAGGAGAGACUUCAGGAUCCUCCACAGACAGAGCGUUUUUCCCUCGGCUAUCACUAGUGACGGCUGAAGGCUCGAAAAAGUUUGACAGUGGUAGCUCUGCUUUUUUGUCAAGAUUUGUCAGGUGUUGGAAAAAUACAUACUUUGUCUUUUGAUAUCUUUUGACUGGGCUGGAAUUUCAGUGAAAUUCAAAUCUAUUGAAUUCCUAUUAUGGAAUACGCCUUUUGGGGGAGGGGUGACAGAGCAGCUUUAAAGGACCACUAUAUGCACCCAGACCACUUCAGCUCAAUGAAGUGGUCUGGGUGCCAGGUCCAUCUAGUGUUAACCCUGCAGCUGUAAACAUAGCAGUUUCAGAGAAACUGCUAUGUUUACAUUAGGGUUAAUCCAACCUCUAGUGGCUGUCUCAUUGAUCACAGUGAGAAGACCCUAUAAGAACCUAUAGAGCCAGGAAAAUGGGUUUGUUUUCCUGGCACUAUAGUGGUCCUUUAACUUUGUCUCAGCAAUGCUUAUGAUUUUACUGUGGUUUUGUCCAGUUUGUAUUUUGCCUUUAUAAAUUCCUGUGCUUUCUUUGUAAGAAAUAAGGUGGUUUCAUUUUUUUAAAUUUAAAAAAUAUAUAGUCAUGGGAAUAAGAACAUUCACCCUCUUUGAAUUCUAUGUUUUUACAUAUCAGGGCAUAAUAAUCAUCUGUAAAGUCUGAGAUGUAACUCUUGGGUUUUUUGCGAUUUCUCUGCACUGCAUUGCACAGUCUGCAUCGACCUGGAAGAUUGGCAACUGUAUUGAUAGUUUUCCACUGUUUUCCACUUUUGAAUAAUCUUUCUCACUGUAGAAAGAUGGACAUUAGAUUGCAUUGCACAGUCUGCAUCGACCUGGAAGAUUGGCAACUGUAUUGAAUGUUUUCCACUGUUUUCCACUUUUGAAUAAUCUUUCUCACUGUAGAAAGAUGGACAUUAGAUUGUUUGGAAACGGCCUUAUAACUCUUCCCAGUUUGAUGGGCAGCAACAAUUGCUUCUCCAAGAUCAUUACUGAUGUCUUUCCUCUGGCAUUGUGUUAACACACAUCUGAAUGCUCCAGACCAGCAAACUGCUAAGACUUUGACUUUAAAAGAGGUGGUCACACUUGCUGAUGAUCAGUUAAUCAAUGACAUUUGAUUAGCAGCACCUGUCUGCUACUUAGCCUCUUAAUUCAUAUGGAAGCAGUAAGGGUGUACUUCGUUUUUCACACAUGGCUUCUCCAUUUUGGCUUUAUUUUUGUUAUAUAAAUCAUGACACGGUGUAAUAGGUCAUGUGCUGUUGUUCAUCUGAGGUUGUAUUUACCUAAUUUUAAGACCUGCUAAUGAACAGAUGAUUGUUAUCAUGAGAUGAUAUGUAAAACCAUAGAAUUCAAAGAGGGUGCUCGCUCUUAUUCUCAUGAUUGUAUAUAUAAUUUGUUUUUAAAAAAUUUUUUAAACAUUUGUUUGUUUUGUUCCAUUUGGAGUUUGCUGUUACACUACAUCCUCUUUGUGAACAGAUUACUCAGUCCGUGUUACCUUGUUCCAUUUGUUUGGCAGGGGCCUGGUGUUUGAUUGCCACCGUGGGACCCUGCUGAAAGUUGAUUCUAAUGGGAACGUACUUGUCUGCACGCAUGGCUUCCGUUUCUUGAAAGGGUGAGCGUGGGGAGGUCUGUAAUCCGUGUAUAACUCUCUCCUGUUCCCCUCGGUGAGCUCAGCCUUGGCUAUGGGAUAGAAACAAGGACUGGAUAGAGAACAAGAUAGCUGUUUGAUGCUGUCAUGAUACUAUAUUCUGCACAGCUGACUUAACUUUCAUAUCCCUGUGGGUUUAAUAUCUCUAUAAAUAAGUCCAUUGUCCAGAGGCCAGAAUUCCUUCCAAUCAACUCUAUGUCCUCCAUUUGUUCCUUCCCCGGACCCUUGCCAUGGUGCAGACAGCCCUUCACAAGAUGUUUACUAAAGAAUAAAUAAACAUUGGGAUCUGCUUUCAGGGUGAGAUCAGGUGAAUUGUAGAGAGCCUUUCUAUCUAGUGCCGUAUAGUUGAAACUGUUGUUGAAUAGAGAGGAUGAGGGAAGUUGGGGGGCUAGCAUAAAUUAUUAGUAAGUCACUUAAAACUUCUCAACAUAGCUCUUCCCUGGCCACACCCCUAAAAUUAAAGUGAUAGGCUUCUUAUAAACCAAUAAGGGUCCAUUAUGUCCAUCUCUAAUCUAAUUCCAAUCAGCUCAGAAAUCUGGGAUAUUUAUCCAAAUAAAUUCAUCCAGAGAGAUGACACCAAGAGGUUCCAUGUCCUCAACACACUCUUCAAUCUGUCGGGUGAGUGUUAAACAUUUUACAUUAUUUUUAUAAUAUUUUAAACUAUUUGUUGAUAUUGGACCACAAACCAACCAGCUACAGCGUCCCAUCCAGUGGAAUGUAUAUAACUCAACAAGAUUGCUGAAUUAGGCAAAUCAUGAUUCUGCAUCUCAUACAUAGAAAAGGUUCUGUGUUUUAAUGCUCUUUUACUAACAAUAUUUUAAUAAAAGGGACACUUUACUGCCCAAAUACAAAAUAAAUAAAAGCUGCUGUUUAGUAGAUAUAACCCCAAUUAACACUUGCAUGCAUUUCAUUUUUUCAUUGGGGUUAUAUCUAAAAUCAGCUUGCAAAACCUGCAGUUCUGUUGUGAGCUGCCUUUGCAAUCUCUCCCCUUCUAACCCUACCCAGCCUUUCUGUGGCUGUCCAAUCACAGCUCAAUUAGAAGUCUUUGUAAGUCAGUAGCUCUUAGGCACUUGCUGCCUUUUGAGGUUAGCUGCACUGAGCUAACCAAACCAGGAAGUAAUGGCACAUGUUGUCUGCUUGAAAGCCAAGAGGGUGUAACUAGGUUAAUUUACAAAAGAGUCACUUUCUAUUGAAAUCUGCACUGUUUGAAAAAUUAAACUUUUUGCAUAAAGCUUUUCAGGAAGCUAAAGUUGCUUAGGGUUCUGGAGUGACCCUUUAACCAUUGAGAUAGCACAAAGCAGAUUAAAAGAAGAUCAUGCACUAUUACAGGUGUCAGAUAUAACAGUUCCCUGAAAAUGGUACCUCCGGUCAUUAGGAUUGUCAAGUUUGCCCUGUUCCAAAAGAAACAUUACCUCGACAUCCACAUCCAUGCUGCUGCACAUCGUAUUUACAAAUUAUAUGUAAUCAGAUCACUUUAUUGCUGUAGUCUCUUUGGUAACACUGAUGUCUGCAUAUGAAUUUUGCACAAUUUACCGGAAGAGAUUAAAUGUAUUUGAUGACAAAAACAGCAGAUGUAUUAGCCUUGCUAGUCAGUCUGUUUUAAUGCAUCUCCUCUUAAAAAAAAAACAAAAAAAAAACAUAUAGUGUAGAUUGGAUUAACUAUAUUAGUCGAGUAGACAAGAUGCCAAAAUACCAGUGUUGCAGUAUGCAAUGAUACCUUUUUUAGUCCAAUAAAAAAAGGUUACAUUGUAUAUGUAUGUAUGUAUAUGUGUGUGUGUGUGUGUGUGUGUGUAUGUGUGUGUGUGUGUGUAUAUAUAUAUAUAUAUAUAUAUAUGUGUGUAUAUAUAUGUAUAUAUAUAUAUAUAUAUAUAUAUAUAUAUAUAUAUAUAUAUAUAUAAUCAUAUAGGGGCACACCUGGAUUUAGAAACUUUAACUCGAUUUGUUGUGCAAAAAAAUGUUCAAAGAAUGUGCAGCUAUAUGAUUUUUCAUUAUACUGUAUAUCUAUCGCUGGUUUGCACCCUGGUUAUAUCUUAUAAAUUCAAGUUAUGGGAAUAGUGCAAUACUUACUUUUUGCAAAUAUAUAUAUAUAUAUGUGAAACUUUAGACUUAAAAAAAUAAAACAAAACCAGAAAUGCAACUAUUUGCUCUCCCUUUACAGAAACAUACCUGUAUGCCUGUUUAGUGGAUUUCUUCAACAACUGUUCUCGAUAUGUAAAGUAAGUGUGUGUCCUCAUUCUAUUAAUAUAUGUGUUAGAGGGGGUUACAGCGAAAAGAAUGUGUUGUUUUGAAUGCUAUCUAAGUAAAAACGAAAUCUGGAUUCUACUUCAUUAUAUACAAAAAAAAAAAACACAAUGUUUUUUGAUUGCUAAAUUAUGUAUAUUAAUAGGUAUUAUCCCUAUCAAUGACACCUGACCAGAGAAUUAUAUGAUAUUUAUAUGUGUGACACACUGUGCAGAACUCAAAAUCCCUGGGAAUGUAAAUAUCACGAGGUUAUAUGGAGUAAUAGGAGGGGUUAUAGGGGAGGUUAUAUGGAGUAAUAGGAGGGGUUAUAGGGAGAGGUUAUAUGGAGUAAUAGGAGGGGUUAUAGAGAGAAGUAAUAUGGAGUAAUAGGAGGGGUUAUAGGGAGAGGUUAUAUGGAGUAAUAGGAGGGAUUAUAGGGAGAGGUUAUAUGGAGUAAUAGGAGGGGUUAUAGGGAGAGGUUAUAUGAAGUAAUAGGAGGGGUUAUAGAUUAUAUGGAGUAAUAGGAGGGGUUAUAGGGAGGGGUUAUAUGGAGUAAGGGGAGGGGUUAUAGGGAGAGGUUAUAUGGAGUAAUAGGAGGGGAUGUAGGGAGAGGUUAUAUGGAGUAAUAGGAGGGGAUGUAGGGAGAGGUUAUAUGGAGUAAUAGGGGUUAUAUGGAGUAAUAGGAGGGGAUGUAGGGAGAGGUUAUAUGGAGUAAUGGUGGUUAUAGAGAAGAAUUAUAAGGAGUAAUAGGGAAGAUUAUAUGAAUACAUUUAGUUAAGCAAGGCAAGUUGUUAUAAGAAGAUAUUACAAGGAGCAGUAUAAUUGAUAACUCAAUUUGUAUAAUCUACUUUAUAUCAUAUAUAAUCAUACAGAGGAGUGUUUAGAUCUAUAUGUGUAUGUGUUUCUCUUUCUCUCUCUCUCUCUCUCUCAAUACUGUUUUUUUUUUUUAAAACCAUGAACUGAAUGCCCUAUGUUCCUGCAUUUCUCUGCAGCUGUGACACUGGGUAUCGCCACGGGAACCUAUUUAUGUCAUUUCAGAGUAUAUUCCAGGACGUGCGAGAUGCUAUGGACUACGUGCAUGACUCGGUGAGGUUAAUGAAAGGGUGUGGAGGCCUUUCACACUAUCUCACUGCAAUGUAUGCCUGCUGCACGUCAACACAGGCACUAUACACUGGCGAUAAGAGCUCAGAAUACUCAUCUCCUUCUGUGCUAAAGCAUAGUGGGCUAGAGGACAUGCCCACAAUUGUUUUGCAAGAGAUAAUGUUUUAAAAAACGUAUCCAGUAAAGACCUGAAAUACAUGCACAUAGUUUCAGGAAGGCUCUGUAUGUAAAAAUAAAAAAAAUGUCUUAUAUAUACUAGGACCUAAACAUUGCUGAACCAGUAAUCACCACAUUCACUAGCAGUAAGCUUUAGUGUACUUUUCACAGGAUGUCUUUAUAAAUGUUGCAAUGUGUAAUAAAUAGGUACAUAUGCUUUAGUUACUAUUAGGAGACUGGUCUUUGUACUUGAAUUAGUAUUCUGAACACAUGUAUAACAGGACUAAUAUAAACAAACGGAUGGUGCUAAAACUUUAGAAAUUCUAGGAAGUCAUAGUAAGACUUGGUGAUUGGGUUCUAAGUGUUCUAGAACUUUGGAAUGUGAUAGACUUGCUUCUAUGUCAACAUGGAGUACUCUUAUUGAGGAACCACGACCAUCAAACCAAUCAGAAAAUGAAAAAAAGACUAGGCAUUCUCAAUCAGUAAUGUAACAAAAUGUUAUCUUCCUUCUUAACACAGAAAGAGAACAUGUAUAAUGUAUUGUGAGACAGUAAUCACCUAAUACAUGGAUUAACAUUAUGAAGGACCCUAAUGAAAGUCCCACUUUCAGACUCUAUUUUAGCAGUUUAGUCAAAAUAAAGGUUGUUGUUAACUACUGUCCUGCAGUAUAGUACUUGCUAUAUUCUAUAGUACGGCCUUCCCAAUGCCAUGCUACAUAAGCAGGAAUAAGGGAUUCAGAAUGUUAACUCCACCUCUCUUUGCCUAUUUUUCCCACAGUCCCAUGUAUGCUAAUUCUUAAUACCUUUGCUUGUGCGUUAUUCAGUUGCUAUUAAGUAUAAAUGUCUUUUGACAUUGAAGUUGGUUAAUGUGGGUUCAUUGAGGAAAGUGGGAGCAUUUCAGUUUUGUUUUUUUUAGAUGGUACUCAUUUUUUCAAAUUCCUGUUUUAUGGGAAAACCUUAUGAAGGAGUCAAUAUGCUGUGCUAUAGAAACAUAUGGGAAAUUUAGCAAAGCAAAUUGUGUCUUAUUCAGAAGCAAUGCAGUGUUUUUCAGUUUACACAUUUAUUUUCAUUCAUAUUUCCUUUUUUGUCUCAGUAUAUCUUACGUUUCACUUAUAGUUAUAGUUAUAUUCUGUCUCUUUUCAAUUCAGGGCUGUCUGAAGGAGAAAACCUUAAAGAAUCUGGAUAAAUAUGUCGUAAAGGAUGUAUGUAAUUUAUUUUCUAUAUUGAGUCUUUAGGGAUAUUGUGGUUCAUUUUUAAUUAUUGUUCAUUCACGUAAUUUCCCAGGAUGCAUUUAAUAUUGGUAUUUUAGAUACAUAUUGAGUAACCUUUUGCUGCACAUUAUACACAAAUGCUGUUCAAGGACAACCAAAACCUUGCGAGCUCCAUACCUCUACCUAAAUAUAUGAAAUGAGCAAUUUGUUAACCAGAUAAACGGAUUAUCUUCCAAGAGAUUAUUUUACAUACUUGGUUAGUUAAAAUAGUGUUAACAAUUCUGUGUUAGAGCUGGGAAACCCAGGAAGAAAUCCUGGUCAGAGCACUUGACAUCAAAUACUGGGAGAUUCAGGUUUGAAUCCCAGUCGGACCACCUGUCCUGAGUGUCCUCAAAUACUCAGAUUGUAAGCUUGUUUGAACAGGGCCUUCUUAUAAUUGUAAAGCACUAUGGAAUAUGUUUUUUGCUAAAUAAAUGCUAAUAUGAUAGCAAUGGCUCUUAAUCCUCGGGUAAAAUUUGGAGUGGGUCAACCACCAGUAAUAAUUCAGAUUCUUUAGCAGCUCUGACUUUCUACAUGCAGUGAAGUCCAUGACACAGAGUAUUCUAAUGCAGACUAAAAACGUCAUAUGCACCAAUGUGCUGUAGUAGUUUUUUUUAUUAUUAUUAUUAUAUGUAAAGCGCCAACAAAUUCUGCAAUGCAGUACAAUAGUGGGACUAAAAAACAAGUUGUCACAACAAGACAUGUUAGACGUACAGGAACAGAAGGUGCUGAGUUGCUACUCAAACAAGCUCACAUUCUAAGCCAGGAGUUGCAUGUCAUCCCCCUAUUGUAAGUAGUUAAAUCAUCUUAUAAUGGGGUAUGCCCAACCCCACUCCAUGGCUCCACUCAGUUUUUAGAGAGCUCAAAGCUCUUGCUUACGAUUCUUGUUAGGCUGCAUUGGAGAUAGGGAAUGGUGCCCAAUGGACCCCAGGUAAGAAGACAAACUGUACUGAAUCAGUUGACUACUUACUUUGGGGGAAGGCUAGCACCAGGAUACUCUUGGCACCAUACACACUACAGUGAGCUGGAGUGGUUAUAGUUCUACAGUGAGCUAGAGUGGUUAUAGUUCUUAGAGCGUUCCUGUAAUACACAUAACAGUAGAAGAAUAGGUCUCUAAAGUAAUUGUGGAAUUGAAGAAUGGGUUGGCGAGGUAAUGCUUUAUAUGUAAUUUGGGUCCUCAUCCCAAAAUGUUAAGAAUCACUACUAAAGUGUGAGGGUUUGUUAAAUCCCAAAACCAUUAACUAGAUGAAUCUUCCCAUAAUCCUUCUUGCUUUUUUCUUACAGGCACGGAUUCCUUUACUGUUGAGUCGCAUGAGAGAUGUGGGCAAAGUCUUUUUGGCUACAAACAGUGACUACACCUAUACAGAUGUGAGUAUAAAUAAGUUUAUUCACUCUGAUUGCUAAAUAGAGUUUCUACUCCAUGUAUAAUUUCCCUUGUCUUUUCUACAGGCCAUCAUGACCUACCUGUUUGAUGUUGGUUGUGGUAUAUGCAAGGUGAGCCUAAUUUAAUCUGUAUUCCAAUAUUUCUUCUACACUGUGAUAUUUGCAAAAUACUCUCUAAAUUCACUCUAACACGCUUAAUUCAAUGUGCGUGUACCGAAAUACCUUUUAUCAUAAAAAAAAUUUGGGGCCUAUUAAAUUAAAUAAGGCUGCUUACUAUAUAGGGCCAUCAUACAUAUAUUGGCAUUGGUUAUAAAUGUAAUAUUUGCCUGUGAUGAGCACAAUAGAUCAAGUGCAUAGCUGUGAGGCGUACAGCUGAAGCCUCAGCCAGCAUUUUAUAAUGUUUGCUCAUCUGUCUAACACACUCUGAUAGUCUACUGAGUAACCACCCUGCUAGUGCAUCUCCCAAAUAUUGUGUGUGUGUGUGUUUAUGUAUUCAUUAUCAGUGUUCACAUGGAAAGCCUCACAUGUAAGUUAGAGGGCAACCAUCACUUCUCUUGAAAUAUGCAUAAUGGAAAAACAUUGAAAAUCACCUAUAACUUGUGUGUUGUAUUCUUGUUGUUUCUCAUGAAAUGCUCUGUUUUCUUUCAAAUUUAAAUUAAAUGGUUAGCAUAGGGCUGGGCCGUUAUCAGCCACUGCAAACAUUGCAUUUGAGGAGAAGAAAUAGAAACUUUUAAGGAUAGUCACUGAAGUAAGAAUUGCUGAUUAUUCACAGUGAAUUCAAAGUGAAUUUAGAAUUAUGGUCAAAAUUGCUGAAAAGGAAGCAUCGCUGACUUGAGACAUGUUUCCAGUUUAGCUAUUUUCUUGAAUCUUACAUGUUAAAUUCCUGACAUAACUCACUUCAGUGAAUAACAAUGAUUGUUUAAUUACUCUUGUAGGUUUUCUCUAUGCUAAACGCCAGGUGCAAAGGACAGCAUUUAUGUAUGACCUGCAAUAGCAUAUGGCAGAAUAUCAGUGUCUGGAAACAUUGGUGUGUGGUUGAUAACAACAUGCGUGUCCAGGACAGAAUAAUAUUUCUACAUGAAGGAUACAUUUAGGAUUUUCAAAUACUAGAUCAUCACUUGUAUGUAUGAAUAUCAAUGGGCUUACAUCUGUUUGUGAAUGAACAAGUGCAAGAUUGGGCAAGUGUCAACAGCUUGCUGUGAAUGAGUCAGAGAGAUAAGGAACACAGCCAUUGUAAGUGGGUGAAGGCUAUAAUAACUAGCGUAGUCUGUGCACAAUUAACUUCAUGUAUAAUAAUAUUGAAGUUAUUUGUUCUAUGGGUACAUAACACUGGCCCUUUAAAUACUGUUGAGAUACAUUUCCCAUGAUUCUCAGCUAGAUAUUGCUAUGGGAUGGAGUUAAUACUGUUCUCCAUUUUUUUUUUUUAUGUGCUGUAUAAAGCCCGAUCAAGAACAUGUUAAUAUCUGUGCUCUCAGUGUUCUGGAUUCUGAAUAAUGUAAUCUCCGGGAAUGGUACAUAGCUUUGAGAGCUGUGCUGUUCCGUUCCAUAGACUGAGCUCCAAUGACUGCCUGUACAUUGUGUUUAUCUCACAUUGUUCACAUGUGGUGGUUUGUGCAAUGUUAUAACACAGUUGUAGUGUUUACUGGCGAGGCUGUCUAAGCUCCUUAAAUCCUUUUUCCACUGUAGUUAAUAAAAUUAUUAGUUUUAGGGAUUUAUUUACUUAUUGUAAUUCCAAAGAGAAACGCCAAGGUUAAAUACUUUACAGGAGGGUGUUUUAAAUGUGAUCCUAGACCAAAUGCAGUCGCAAAUCCCUCACAAAUUGUGGCCCUCAGUCUCAGAUUUUCAUUUUAAUUAAAUGUGGCGUACUAUACAUUACGAUAUCCAUUCAAGGUCUUCAGGUUCACUUAUAAUCAUUACAUUAUAGCUUAAGUAAAGUAAAAAUUUAUAUUAGAAAUCCUACUAGAUUAAAAUAGUUUUUCCACUUAAAAAAACUACACAAAUUAAAAAAAAAAAAACAUUUAUUGCAUAAACACACAAUAUAAGACGACUCAAAAAGGCAACUCCCAUAGUUGACCCAAUAAAAUAAAUGUCCUGCAAUAAUCAAAAACAAAUGGUUUUAAUUAGAAACAUAGAAACAUAGAAACAUAGAAUGUGACGGCAGAUAAGAACCAUUCGGCCCAUCUAGUCUGCCCAGAAACAUUCCAUAAAUAAUCCCAUGUCAGAAGGAUUGUAAAAAAUAUCUACUGUUCUAGUAUUUCUUAGCAGUGGUGCUAACUAGAGGCAUUGCUAGAAUUUAAAAUCACCCAGGGCACAAGCCUAAAACACAUAUUGGUGACCCCACACCAAAGCCCCCACCCAUGGUCCUUCCCAAAAUCCACCCCUUAAUAAAGCUUUUGACGGACUCACUGAUACAUACAUAAAUAUACACACUCUGUUAGAUACGCACAGAUACCUACAUAAACCCAUAGAUACACAAACACGCACAAAAGUAUGCAUUCACACACAGGACCACAGAUAAAGGUACAUACACACAGACAUGCACUAUCAUACACACAGAAAGGCACAUCCAGACACACACAUAGGAGAGCACAAACAAAGACAGGCAUGCACGGGAAAAGACAUAUACACACACAUACUCAUGCAUAGACACACAUACACAGCCAUAUGCAUAAACAAGCAUGCACAGUCAGAUACAUAGACAGACACACAGGCACAGAAAUUCACAGACGCACACAGCGACACAUACACAGAAACUCUGACACACAUACACAAUAAGGCUCAGAACAACACACAAAGUACAAAAAUGGAUGCUGGUUCCUUUCCCAGUAUCAAAGAUCAAAGUAUGUCUCUGUGCAGGGGGUAGUAAGUGAGCAGGCCACGGUGUCUGGCUUACUCUUUCAGGGCUGGCAGCCAAAAGCCUCUUCCUGUUUAGUGUGAGUAAGGGAGCAUUUGGAGUAAGCCGCCGGCCCUCUGCUUCGUCUUUAACUCAGGCAUCUCUGUAGUUCCAUUCUGCUGUCCCUGCCCCGUCUCCUCUGUGUAUCUUAAGAAAAAGGAGAAGCAACAGUUAAAAAACACAGGGACACAGGAAGAGGCUUUGUCUUUAUUUAAAAGGUGCUGCUUUGACUCUCGGCUCAGACUCUCUGAGGAGACCAGGCAGGGAGAGCAGAACAGAACUAGAGAUCUGAUGGGGUAAAUGAGAACCGGGGCUGAACAGCGGCACAUUUGGGGCUGCAGCCCCCCAGCCCUCCCCUGUCUUUGACACUGGUGUUAACUAACAAUGCAAUUCCAUUUUGAUAACAUGACAUUCCAUUUCAUGAAGAUGGGUCUGUCACCUAUGCUCCGCUGAAUCAAAAUAUUUUUGGCAAAUGUCAGAUAAUAAUUGUUGAAAUAACUUUACGUUCUGGCCUUGUACUGGUUGGUCUCAUAUCUCAUACUUUUUUUUUUUUUUUUUUUACACUUGAAUUUUAUUGGAGUUUAAAUACUCAAAAUACAACUUAGACUUGAUAUGUAAACAAUAACAAUUUUGCAUAUAAGUAAUAUCAAUUUUGCAUGUAUAUUGUUUCAGUUUUGCAUCAACAUCGUCUGAACAACUGACAUUGGCUAUAAUAGGUUUUUGUCUAUGUGUCUGGCAGUUGCUAGAGGUUAACAUGGGCAUAUGGUAACGAUAGCCUUAGGGGCAUUAUGCAGUAGGUGUAUUGCUACCCAGGGGGGUGUGAAAACCUCUGUGUACAGGAGCUGUAUGGGGCUAUGGUGGUCCUUUUGGGUCGAGUGUCCCAGGGCUGGUCUCUCGUGCGCCGUGCCAUAUGGCUGCUAGGGCCUGCGAGAGUCCAUCAGGUGGAGUGUAGUUUCCACAUGCUAAUGCUUAGGGCUGUCUCUUUGUUAGAGUCGGCGCGUCGGUGUCUUUACUCGGCCCCUUGUUGCUCUUGGGCUGAUGCUGCACUUGGUUGUCACCCCCACCGGUCUCUCUCUUGUCCGCAUGUUGUAGGUUCAGCUUCCUGAGGAAUAUCUCCUGGUCAUCGUUGGAGGACAAGGUAAGCAUCUGGUCUCCCCGUGGUACCACCAGGGAUCCGUCUGCACCCCACCGGUAUCUGAUUUCAGCUUCCUUUAGUCUUUUUGCUAUAGGCGCCAGUUGUCUCCUUUCCACCAGCGCUGCGAAUGGGAGGUCCUCAUAGAAGGCCACUGUGCUACCAUUCAAUUGCACUGUGCCGAGGGUUCUGGACCGCUAUUGUGUUUCUGGGCGUAUCCACUGGCGCUGUUGUGGCUUUGCGGAUUCUGAAUGCGGAAAGUGUCAGGCCAGGCUCGGCGCUCCCCUUAAUGCCCAUCACUGUGAGUAAGUGUCUGUGGGGCAAUAAGGCUUCUCUUCCAACACUCUCUGGGAUGCCUUGGAUGCGGAUAUUCCGCCGUCUAUGCCGUGAUUCCAGUGUUGUAACAGUUCGCGUAAGUGUCUGGACCUGACAGCUAAGGACUUGCACCAUAUUAUUGGUUUGCUGCAGCUGGUGGUCCCUUGUGUUCUCUCUGGAUUCCACCACUGUAAGCCGCUGCUGGAGAUCGCCCACCUCCUUUUUUGUGCUCCGCAGGUCUCCACACCUCUCGCAUUUCUUCUAGUAAGUCUCUUAUGUCCCUCUUUGUUACUGGAGAGGAUUCUUCCUCUGAUUCUGAGGCUUGGUAGUGGGCCCCAUCUUCUGCUGGAGGCAAGGUAAGGUUUUCUCUGUCCUCAUGGGAGUCGUCUGAGGUCUCGCUGAGUGCUUCAGGCGCCAUUUUGGAGGGAGCUGGUGGAGAAGGCCUUGUAAACACAUGCCUAAUAUCGGGGGUUUUAGGCAGCUCCGUGAGGUGGAAAUUCUUAUUUUGCACACCGAUGAUGUCUCUGGGUGGGAGGCUUGUGUGUGGAUGCUUGUGGGAGCCGUUUUUCGGGUCUUCGGUCUUUGGUACGGAGCUCCACAGCAGCACGUCCGUUCAGCAAGGCAGUUGGCCAUGCCCCCCUCAUAUCUACCUUGUUAUAUAAAUGUAAUGAUUUUUGGUAUCUGAGACAAUCCUUUAUGUGGAGAGAUAAUUAGCUUCAUAGAUAUUAUAGGUAAUUCUGCAUAUUUAGUAGGUAUGUAAGUCUUUACACAAUGCUCACAGCACACUUUUCCAUACAAAUUUUUGGUUUUGGUUUGGAUGAGUCAUAUUGCAAUUAAUAAAUAGAUUAGCUCUUAAAGGGUUAACCUUAGUUUCCAAUACUUGGUCUGGUGUCAUUUUAUUGUCCAUCUGGAAAAACAAACCUAUUGUGAUUGAAUUAAAGUCACUGAAGGACUAGAGGUGACAGUGGGAUAAUAUGCAUAGUAUACUACCACAUCAUAGUUCUUGUCAAGCUGCCUGAUAAUAUAUUUGUUGUUGGCUGUAACCUUACAAUUAGGUCGGCAUUUGCCACAAGACAGAUCAGAUACACAGUGCUGAAAAAGCUAAAGAGUGGGGGCAUCCAGCCUGAGUCUUUCAAUGUGCCGAAACCAUUUAAAAGCUUUUUAUUUUGUGAAAAAAUGCAGCAUCAGACAUAUACUGAAGGUUAUUCAACAAUGCAAAUGAAUCUAUUACUCAUUUCAAUGCUUUAAAUAUUUACUUAUAUUUGUUUAAAAUUCAGCACUUACAUGGUUUGUGUGUAGUUUUUUUUAUAUUAUAUUACAACAUAUCCUAUUAAAGGCCAAUGAAGAUCUUUAUUUAUAAAAUAUUUUAAUGGGAAGGAUACAUUGAGAUUUCUCUCGUUUUCAAGUAUGUCCUGGGAUAACAAUGCAAUUCUUAAAGACUCUAAUGGAAUGGCCUAACCGGUUACCAUUAACAAAUUUAACAAAGACCUAAUGUUAGGUCCCUGUCAUCUAUGAAAUGUGUACCUUGUAUAUCUCAGGGCUCACAAUUUCCACUUAGCUCUAGUCAUUGGCAAGUAAAAAUGUAGCAUUGGUGAGUAGAAAUUCACCCUUAGUGAGUCUGCUGUGGAUCCUUGCAAUGGCAAGUAACUUAUUAAGUAACACUCCAAGCACCACUACAGUGUAGUUUUAGUGCCCUGGUUCCACUCCUUGCCUCCUCUCUGCAGGAAGUGAGAGCCUGAAACGCCUGCUAGAAGCUUCCAAUCACACUCUUGAUCGAAGCCAUCAAAGUCAUUGGCAGAGACCGAGAGCUGAUCUGCACUGCCAGGCUUUACCCAUGUUGUGCUCUACAGUAAGGUAGAUAUCUGCUUGGUUUUAAUUUUAAGGACAUGUCAUCACUAGUGAUGUCCCGAACGGUUCGCCGCGGACGGCGAACAUAUGCGCUGUUUGGUCCGCCCCCUAUUCAUCAUCAUUGAGUAAACUUUGACCCUGUACCUCACAGUCAGCAGACACAUUCCAGCCAAUCAGCAGCAGACCCUCCCUCCCAGACCCUCCCACCUCCUGGACAGCUCACUAAGAAUGCAGCUUCACAAUGAAUGUAAAGUGGAUGCUGAGGUACAGGGUCAAAGUUUACUCAAUGAUGACGAAUAGGGGGCGGACCGAACAGCGCAUAUGUUCGCCGUCCGUGGCGAACCGUUAGGGACAUCACUAGUCAUCACCUCCAAGACCUGGAGUUGGAAACCCUUGCUUUUGCAUCUGUGAGUAUAAAAGGGUUAUUUACUAAAGUGAGAAUUCAAAGUGAAUUUCACAUCUGGGGUCUAUGUCAGCUGUGCUUCCAUUUUGGCUGGCCUUAAAUUUGAAAUUCACUUUGAAUUUUCCUUUUAGUGAAUAACCCUGUAAGUGUUCUGCUGUGCUAGUUGGAUUUGCUCAAUUUAACUGUUCUAAAUAUGUCCUUUUAUCUCAUAGAACAGUGAUUCCUCACAAAAAUUGUGGCGCUCUUAUUUUGAUCUGAUCGUUGUGGACACCAGAAAGCCUCUCUUCUUUGCAGAGGGCACAGUCCUACGCCAGGUGGACACUGUAAGUAUUUAAUAAAAUGAAGAAUUCUGCACAUUAUCUCCUACUGCAGUUUGCUAGAUUACCACCUUACUCUGGUGAAUAAGAAUGCAGUCCAGUAAUGGUUAAAUAGUUCCCGCUAUUAAUUAUCUAACACUUGCUCGAUUCUGCAUUUACCCUCUGCUUCAUAGUGUAUUAACAAUAGGGGGACAAAAGGCCGGGAUUCCAGGUACAAUAGUUGUAUGGAUGCUCCCCCCAAAUGGUGUGGUCUUCCCAGCUGAUCUCCACUCCUCUAGGACAAAGCUAUAGGUAGUUACAAAGGAAACAAAGAGCAGACUGCAGGUACUGAACUAAAACCACAUAAAUCAACAUAAACCAGAAAAGUAACGUAGGAUUAGGGGAGAUAAUAGGUGGAGGUUAGGUGUAGUUAGAGGAUCUGUAGUGUGUUAGGGAAUUAGAGUCAGCGUUAAGAAUUGUUUAUUACUAGGGGAAUUAGAGUUUUGGUUAGAGGAGAUUAAGUUUGAGAGUUACCCCAAUUUAAGUUGCCGUGGACUGGAAUUGCCAUAACGUAGUAACUGAGCUUGUCCAAAACUUACCACACACAACCAACCUGGUUGAGAGAGAUGUGACUUACAACACACACCAUCUUUAAGGUAGAUAAGCCAUAAACACAAGCCUCCCAUGCUUUAAAAACACCCAUUAUUAACCUUAACUACCACUCUACCUACAUUUUGGGAUACACUCUCAUUUCUAAUACUAGCUAUCCCUAUACCUACUCCAUGGGAUAAACCACAUCAACAGCAGUUGAUACAGCAGUUCUGAACAAUCUAAUCACAGAAUUAAUAGAUAUAGCCAUAAUGGUGCCACGGUGUAGUAUCCCUCUAUGACACAUGGCUGUCUCAUAUCUAGAUCUAAACAUUUUUAAAGUGAGUUCUAAAACAGUAAGAAAAAAUAAUUUUAUUAUAACUGGGAAUAGCUGCUAACACGAAUCCCAUGUGACAAUUAAAAAAGAAAAGAAUAAACAUCAAAACAAAAAUGUAAAACCUCAAGCUCUAACUUGACAAUAACAGACCUGCAUAAAAUUUGAAAACAGUGAAAGUUUCAAAAUCUCUGAUUAGAAUUGUGUUGCCCUCUAGUGGUUAUUAACCAGAAUAAACUGUACAAACCUGAACUUUCCUUUCAAGGGAUACAUUAAUAUUUUUAAUAGGAAUUUCAACCUACCAACAGUUGUGCUCAAAUGCUACUUGUAUAGCUCUUUUAUUCUACACAGGUUAUAAAAUGGUACAUGAUUUAAAAAUAAAGUAGGGAAACAAUCAAUAAAAGAUUAGAUGUCUGGAGAGAUUUUUUUUUUUAAUAAAAAAGGGCUUAAAUGGAUUCAGCAUAUAUCAGUAAAGAGCACUAAAUAAAUUGAAUUAACUAAAGUAACUCAAUUUUACGUUGUUAAAUAUUUAGAAAAGCACAAAAUAAGAAAGAUAACAUUUUUUUUUCCAAACAAUAGUUAAUUAAAUACAGAAUUUUCAAAAGAUAGGACAAAUUGUCCAAAUUUAACUGGAGUAUUUUACUGUCCUAGCCAGUCUAAUCAACAUGUUUAUCCCAGUAGGAUUAUAUAUUCCGACAGACUGAGACACCUUAGAGCAGGGGAAGGCAACCCUCGUUACUCCAGAUGUUUUUGACUACAUCUCCCAUAAUGCUCUUACACCUAUGAUGCUGGUAAAGCAACGGGGGGAUGUAGUCCGCAACAGCUGGAGUGACAAUGGUUGACUACCCCUCUCCCAGAGGGUCACUCAUAUGCUAUUGGGUCACUCAUCCACUAACUACACUCUUCUUUGCAUAAUGAGGUAUCACUUCUUUCCAAGUUUUCUUAAAUAUGUUAUUUGAAAAUCUGUUUUCUAUAAUUCAGAAUGAAGUCAGGAAAACUCUCAUUAUUAUUGAUAAUAUUGCCAUUUAUAUAGCACGUUACAAUAUUAUAGGGGGGGAGGAUUUAACUAUAAAUAGGACAAUUACAAGAAAACUUACAGGAACGAUAGGUUGGAGAGGACCCUGCUCAAAUGAGCUCUCAUCUGUUUUUCCUGCAGAACACCGGAAAGCUGAGGAUUGGAACUUAUACGGGGCCCCAUCAGCACUGCGCAGUGUAUUCAGGAGGUAAUAUUUCCCACACUUGACACCUAUGACCAGAGCCACCAUAAAAAUGUUGGGGGGCACCUACAAAGCUAUUGGCCUCCCAACACCCCAUGAACAGGCGCACACACACACAAAUAUGUGCUACUAGACACAGAUAUAUGCUGCUAGAUACACACAUGCCCACACAUAUAUACCCUCAGACGCACAAAUGCAUACUCCCAGACACAUAUAUAAAUACAUUCAUAUUGGUUUUAGCCACUCUCCUUUUUGUUUACCUUUUGGAUGCAGAAAGAUGGCUUCCCUGGUGUGUUGUGAGGAGUAUACUGUAAAAAGCUAGAUGGCUCAUUUUGCAAUACCACCACAUCCAUAGAACCCUGAAAGAAAGUGAUACAAUGUUACAUACUUUCCACACUACUGUCCUAGUACAAAGGAACCUGUCAAAGGAAGGGUUUGUUCUACUAAAACUAUUUAAGGCAGCCAUAUCAGAGGAACUAUCUCUAUGUCCCCAACCAGUACACAUAGCAAUGCAAUGCACUGACAAGCAGAUAAGCCCAUUGGGAACCUUGCAAGCAAAAGCCAUGUGCUCUUGCUUGCCAGAAGACAACAUACCCUAUUACUUGUCCUCAUCGUUUAAAAGUGCUUGACCUGUGCUUGACCUGUACUUUCUGUUAGCCCUACCUGUAACUUCAGAUUUCAUCUUCUUCUGUUGGUCCAUAUCUGUAACCCCUGUUUUCCCACUGAAUACAAAUCAAUUUACGGUAAAUUGGAAAGUGUACCUGCAGAUUUAUUCUAAGCAUUACAUUCUAGUCUCACAAACAACCAGAUUAAAAUAACAAGCAAAUGUGGUUAAAAUCCAUAAUUUGCUGACAUUUUCUAUUUGUUUAGGUUGUUGAAAAAAAGUUAGCGUUAAAAAAUAAUUACAAAAGGUUGAUCAGUGCAUUCCUGCAAAUGUAUAUUUAAUAGAUCACAAACUAGAUCCCUCACUCCAUUUCAGGUACCUCUGUGUGUCUGUGUCUGACUCUUGCCCUAUCCCUGCAUCAGGCUCUUCCGACAUUGUGUGUGAACUGCUAGCGGUGAAAGGCAAAGACAUUCUUUAUAUGGGGGAUCACAUCUUUGGGGACAUCCUGAAAUCCAAAAAAAGGCAGGGGUGGAGGACCUUCCUGGUGGUGCCAGAACUGGUCAAGGAGCUCAGCAUCUGGACUGAGAGAAGCGGUGAGCAUUUUUGAUUCUCAUGGAACCAUAUACUGUCCAAAACAGUGUUUACUAAAGACCAUAAAACACACUGUAGAAAGCAUUGUUUGCACUCCUGUGUUCUGCAACGCUAUAGUGAACUGUUUAAUUGCAAAAAUGGAAACGGAACCGCACUCAGUUCACUUAAGACAGGGUGCUUAGCUAUACCCAGGGCCUGCACAAGCUCAAAAGAUAACAAAUACCAGUAUUAGAAAAAGGGUCCAGGCACUCUGUCUUCAGGCACCUUUAAUAGAACAUGCAAUGUUUCAACUCCCAGUGGAGUAUUUGUUAAGCUGGUUGAUGUUCUAAUAAAGGUGCCUGAAGACAUUGGAGUGACUGGACCCUUUUUCUAAUAUUGAACUGUUUAGUCACUAGGUGAUGUCUCAAAUAGUGAGAACUCUGCACGUAUGCUGUUCUUAAAUAGAUCACUUAAUACUUAUCUUUGUUGAAGUCUUCUUCAUAUCUCAUAGUUUCUCAGUGAAUUCCAAGUGAGGUUCAAAUUUAAGGCCAAAGUAGCAAAUUGGAAGCAUAGCUGACUUAAAGAGUUUUUCCAUUUAAGCUAUUUUGACCUUAACCCCUAAAGGGAAUCAUGAUGGUAUAUUUUCGUCAUGUGUCCUUAAUGGGUUAAAUUUAAAAUUUACUUUGAAUUCUCACUUUAGUGAAUAACCCGGUUUCUUAUUUAUUGAUUCAGAAUGAAACCAUCUAAUUGCUAUUUCCCACUGCUCUGUGAGUGCUGUAGGCCAGUAAUCACAACAGUCGUUAAAUAGGAGCGGAUGCGCGCUAUGUUUUUGUGAUGGAAACGACAGGAUUUGGCAAUUGACUGGACAUGAGGGGUUAAGGAGAGGUUGGAGUCAGUGAUGUUAUUUGCUAAAUAAUUUCAUAUAUGAAAAAGGCUGAUACAAGGUACAGAUGGUUUUAUUCCAUAGUAUAAAUUCUAGAGAGGUGACAGUUGUUCUUUAAACUAUCUUUUUUUCCCCAUAUUUAAUUCUCCCAUAAAAAAAAGGAUAUGUCAGUUACCUUGCAUGAUAAAAUAUGAUGCUGGUACAUAUGAAUGUUUCUGCUUUAGUAACCUUGUUUUACAGCUUUCACUGUUUUAAAACAAGUCCUUUUUUCAGAGCUAUUUGAUGAAUUAAAACGUCUGGACAUCAUUUUGGCUGAGUCGUAUCAGUAAGUGUCUUGCUUAUGAGGGGAUGUAAGAGCUGUUGCAUAGUCUCCUGUCCUUGUGUUGGGCCUUGGGAUGUUUAUUCUAUAUUCUAUUCAUAAGAAUCCUUACUCUGACUGCCUAUAUUGACCUUAAUUUCUUGCGAUUCUUAGAAUGUGCUUCUUACUUGUAGCAACAUCAUUAAGUCCUUGAGUGUGACUCAGACGGGCUUUACUGAAUUGUAAAGGGGAAUUUUGAGUACUAGUAAUUCUCAGAAUAACAUUCCAAGAUCUUUCACCGAGCUGGAAUGAGGCCUUAGUGGUUCCAUGCUGUCUAUACUGGGUUAAAUGAGAAAAUCUCCAUCCCUGCACUGAGACUCAAACUCUUCAAACCAAUGUUUAUCAAUGUGUCUUUCAUGUCUCUGCAUAUAGGUUCCUAUAUAUUUGGAACCAUUUUAGAUAAAUUUUCUUUUCUCCUUAGGCAUAUGGACAGUGGAAGCAACGAGCAUCCCAACAUCAAGGCGAUACAGAAGCAGAUCCAGGUAUUUUUUCCACCAAUUAAUCAGAAAAUGAAUAGCCUCAAAUGGACAUAUCAAAACCAGAUACAGUGACAAGUUAUUUACUAGGGAAACAGUGCCACAAAAUGUACUGCUUACAACAGAAAUUCAAAUCAUCUUAGAUAUAUAGAUGACUCUGCUCCUGCCUCGUUAAGGCUCAUGCAUCACCGUAUUGUAAAUUCCAUUGGAGGAGAGGGCUGGAAACUUUUUGAUGCUGGGGUCCAGUAAUCCCACUUUUUUUUUUUAUACGUUUUUGAGAUCCUGGGCCACCAGGGCUGCACACAAAACUAUACAGUACUGUGCUUGCUAUAUAAACACUUAGAAUGAAAUUAUACAUACAUAAAUCUUAAAAACCCUGAUAAAUUACUUUUAAUUCUUUCAGAGUCCGUGUGGGUAAUACAAAUCACUAAUAUUAAACAUGCUAGAGAAUUGCUGAUUGCUUUGGGAUUUGAAUAAAUAACAUAUACCACAGCACAGUAGAAACAAAUCUCUAAUCAAGAUUUGAAAUCUUUCAAUUUGAAAGGAAUGAAACAAACGAUAUGGUGGAAAAAAAAACUGUUUGUUUUCCUCUCUGUGCACAGAAAGCCACCCAUGAAAUGGAUAUGUGUUACGGGAAGAUGGGCAGCUUGUUCCGCUGUGGCUCACGACAGACUCUCUUCUCCAGUCAGCUGAUACGCUACGCAGAUCUCUAUGCCGCCUCCUUCAUAAACCUCUUGUAUUACCCCUUAAGCUAUUCCUUCCAGGCUCUCCCAGUGUUGGUAGGUACAUGACUGGUAGAAGGAUUUCCUGAUUGUGCACAGGGGUAAAUAAUCAAACGGGGUUGUGUUCUAAGAAACUCUCCCUUUUCAUCCAGAUAAAGCAUGGUGAGAUUAAAAGUUUACUGAGCCAUGCUGCCUGUAUUAAUUUCUCCUUGGCACUCUGAUUUUGUACGUAUUUCAUCCCAUAUAGUUCUUCCUCUUUUAAAGUGUAGAGAGAGGUAGACGUGCAAUUCAUUUUGGUCCGAAUGUGAAUUCGGACGAAUUUCGGGUAAUUCGGACAUUCGGGUACUUCCGAAUGUCCGAAUAGAUGAAUUGCCGAAUAGAUGAAGUGCCGAAGUUCUGAAGUUCCAAAGCACAGUAUUGCCUAAGAACUAAUAUACUUACCCAGUGGAAGAAUGAAGAAUGUUACACUGUAUACAAUUUUAAAUAAAAAGCAUACAAACAUAGCCAGGAUUCAGCUGUGAGCAUUUGCAAAACUUACAACAAUCAAGUAACAUACAUUCAUAUAAAAUGUAAGUUACUUAGCCAGUCAGUGUAAUGACAGGAAUGAAUAAGUAGAUAACUCCCUAAUUCCCACGGUAUUAGGGAGCUAUCUACUAAAAGGCUGAAAGGCCUAAAUUAGGCUUUCAGCCAGAUUUACUAAUACUAAAGAUUACUUAGUAUUAGUAAAUUAUGCCCCUACUCGCUAUACUGCGAGUAGGGGCAUGUCUAUCAAACAGUGAGCCGCUAGUGGGGGCUUCUAACCUGAAGGGGGACCUAUUGGCCCCCACCCCUGAACGGCGGGUGGGGGCCCUACAGUAAAAUAAGGGAGGGACCUAAUAUCCUCCCCUCUGGCCCCCACCCCUGAGCGGCGGGUGGGGGCCCUAAAUACCAAUGGGGGGGGCCUAUUGUCCUCCCCUUCCCCCUGGCCCCCACCCCUGAGCGGCAGGUGGGGGCCCUAAAUAAAAAUGUUACCACCCCAGGUGACUAGGGGUCCCCAAACCCCUGGUCACCCCUUUCCCCCUCCUCCCCCCCAAAAAAUUAACCCCUACCUACCCCCCUCACACUAAAAAUAAUGAGGGAGGGACCUUUAACUAAGUACCUGUAAAAAAAAAUAUAAAACUUACCAUUUGAUGUCUUCUUUCUUCUAACAUCUUCUUCUUUUUUCAGCCCCCAAAAACUUUUAAAAAAGCACCUUAAAUUUUUUUUAAAAAACGAGCGCAAAAAAAAGAAAAUCCAUCUUCACCCAUGGAGGGCUCCACUCAGACUGAGCUCUGCAGGGCGGGGGAAGGCUUAUAAAGCCUUGCCCCGCCCUGCAGUUAGACUCAGAGCACUCUGACAGUGUAAGUCUCUUCAUUUGGACAGGUAAAUGAAGAGACUGACAGGUAAGUCUCUACAUUUACCUGUCACAACACUCUAAAUGGUUGGCUUGAAAUCCACCAAUCAGUGCUCUGUGUCAUUUUACACAGCGUGGGAAAGUUCUUUGGAAUUUUCCCACGCUGUGUAAUUUGACUCAUAACACUCUGAUUGGUGGAUUAAGUAACCAAUCAGAGAGUAAUGAGUCAAAUUACACAGGUCACAUUAGGUCCCCCCUUAUUAGUAUUUAGGGCCCCCACCCACCGCUCAGGGGUGGGGGCCAGGGGGGAGGACAUUAGGUGUCCCCCCUUUUUUACUGUAGGGCCCCCACUCACCGCUCAGGGGUGGGGGCCUGGGGGAAGGACAUUAGGUCCACCCCCUUAUUAGUAUUUAGGGCCCCCACCCACCGCUCAGGGAUGGGGGCCAGGACAUUAGGUACCCCCCCCUUUUCUAAUUUAGGGCCCCACCCACCACUCAGGGGUAGGGGCCAGGGGGGAGGACAUCAGGCCCCCCCUCUUAUUUUACUGUAGGGCCCCAACCCACUGCUCAGGGGUGGGGGGCAGGGGGAGGACAUUAGGACCCCCCUUAUUAAUAUUUAUGGCCCCCACCCACCGCUCAGGGGUGGGGGCCAGGGGGAGGACAUUAGGUCCCCCCCCUUAUUUUACUGUAGGGCCCCCACCCACUGCUCAGGGGUGGGGGCCAGGGGGGAGGACAUUAGGUCCCCCCCAUUAUUAGUGUUUAGGUCCCCCACCCACCGCUCAGGGGUGGAGGCCAGAGGGGAGGACAUUAGGUCCCCGCCUUAUUAGUAUUUAGGUCCCCCACCCACUGCUCAGUAGGGGCAAAAUUUACUAAUACUAAGUAAUUUUUACUUAGUAUUAGUAAAUUUGUCUGAAAGACCAAUUUAGGUCUUUCAGCCUUUUGGUAGAUAACUCUCUAAUACCGUGGGAAUUAGGGAGUUAUCUACUAAGCGGCUGCACGAGAAGUCCAGAAGUUCUGAAUUGUUGAAGUCCCGAAUUUUGGAAUGCUGAACCGAACUGAAAAUUUUCUCCAUGCACAUGCCUAGAGAGAGGUAUCUCCUGGCCUAGUUCAGAGCAAGAUCAAAGGAACAUUAUAUUGUUAGAAAUACAAACAUGUUUUUCUAAUGCUAUAGUUUUAAUCUAUCUCUAUUAGUGUCCCCCCCUCCACUGUGUAAGUGUGGCAAGGGUUAGUUUUACUUACCUUUCAGCCCCCACCGAAAUUGGGUGGCUUGUGUGCACUCACAGCAAAACGCCAUGGUGCUCAAAUCAUCACCAUCUGACUGAAAUAGCUGAAUUUUACUUGAUCAUUUCGGACGAAUAAUCUACUGGAAUUUCCCAUCUAUAGCUAAUUUCUGUUGCAUGCAUGUUAAAGACUUGAUUAAGCUCAGGUAAGUACAUUAUUUAGCUUAAUGAUUUAUUCAAAGACAAGAGGGGCUCAAGAGAAGACAUCAGAUUAGUCAAGGAUAUUUUGGUGCCACUUGGCUUUGGUGGUAAGGAUUGUAUUGGGGUUAGGGUAGAUUAGCAAUAGACCAAAGCAAAUUAAUGUUUCAAGGGGCAGUUGUCUAAGGUCACGUUAUGGUUAAUCCUGUUCUGCUUGCAAUCCAUUCUCCAAACCCUAUACAUGAUAUCCAUUUUACAACAUUUUUUUCCCCAAGAUGGCCCAUGAAUCCACUGUGGACCACAUCAGCAUGGAUGGACCAGACUGCAAUAAGAUGCUUGGACAGCAGUUGCAGCAUCUCAACUUGUAUGGAAAAAAGGUUUGUAAGCACAUAUAUUAACAUAGUUCACCUACACAGCUGAUAUCAUCAUAAAGUGGACUUUCCAUAACGAAAAUAUAUUGAUGGCAAGGUUUUUCAGAUAGAUACAUUCAAUCAAUAUAAUGUCUUGUGGAAACAAGAAGAAAAUUUACAACAAUGGAGAUUUCAUUGUUGGCUUUGUGCAGCUGCCCCACCUCCACGUUACAUGUGACAUUCCUCCAUACCUAGUGUGCAGUUACACUUGAGCGGUUUUGGGUGCCAAGUGAGUCAUUUCUGGUGGCGGGAGUGGAUAUGUGUGUAAUAGAUAUUUACCGUAUUUGUAGGUGAAAUAGAAUUUAAAAAAACAAACAUUUGAGCAUUGAUAAUGGGAAAAUUAUACAAUGAUGUUGUUUUGGAGGCAUUCAUAAACCAUAUGUCCCAACAUCGGCAGUCCAAACAGGGGGAGAUCCCGUUUCUUAAGGAGGUGGACCGUUCCACCUUACUGGCAGGGAAUACACACAAGUGGGAGGCUGGGUGGACUUAAUUUAAAAUAAAAAGUUUGUGAGAGAAAAUGUGUGUCUGUCUGUCGAUGUGUGUGUCUCCGUCAGUGAGUGAGUGUGUAAGUGAAUGUGUGUGUAUGAGUCUUUUAGUGAGUGUGUGUCUUUCAGCGAGUUUGCGUAUCUACGGGUUUUCGUCUGUCAGCGAGUGUGUGAAUGUGUGUGUGUGUGUGUGUGUGUCUGUCAGAGAGUGUGUGUACAUUUUUGUGUGAAUGUGUGUGUCAGUUUGUAAAAUCAGUGAUGUGUCUGUUUGUAAGUGUGUGUGUGUCAAAUCAGUGAGUAUGUUACGGUACAUCUGUCAGUGAGUGUAUGUCAGUGUAUGUGUAUCUGAGAGUGUGUGCCUGUCUAUGAGUGGGUGUGUCAGUGUGUGUUGGUUAAACAGUGUGUGUGUGCCAAUGACUGUGUUUCUGUCAGUGAGUGAUGUCAGUGCAUGCGUGCAUGCAUCAGCAAGGGCAUGUGUCUGUCAGUCAAAGUGCGUGUUGGUAUUAAAUAGGAAGAGGUGCAGCCUUGACAGGAAGGGGUAAGGCAUAUUUAGAUUAGGGUGCCCGAGUUUAGUCAUACCUAGGGCAGCAAAAGAAAACACAAAAUACACUGGUUGGGAGUCGUGCAUAAACUACUGAACCCUUUGUCUUCUAAUUUAUCAUGCCUUCACACCCCUUUUAAUAGCAUUAUUUUCCCUUAAUAACCGUUAUUUGUUUUGUAUGAGGAUAAAACAGCAUACACAGAGAGAGAAAUAACUCUAUCCAAGUCCUUUACUACAUAGACAGUGCUUUAAAAACAAUAUUGGCCAAUAAAUUGGCCUUAUUCAAUAUAGAGCUGGGUUCUCUCAUUCAGUUUAGUAUACCUGAAUUGUACAGUUUAGAAGCAAAACUGUGUUCAUUGCAUAACCGUCAAUCACCUCCAAUACAUUUAUAUAACAAACAUUACAAUUUAGAUCUGAAUGAACUGUGGCAUCUAAAACAAAAAUACAGUGUUGUGGAAAAUUGAUGAGCAAUAUGCAGAUCACAGACCAACAUUGCAGAAUUACAAACAUUUUUCCAGUUCUUCAGAAUUGUUUUAGCUCAGCUACUUAGACCUAAAUGUCCCAAUACUUUGUCACUUCUGCACAAUUCAUAGAUUAGCAAGGAAAUCCAUUAUUGAUAGACCAUUCCAUGUCUUCAUGGUCUUCCAAAUUUGUUUAAUUAGAAAUUUAGUAUGGCCUGUUUAGAUGAAAACACUAUCUAUUCCUUCCUGUAAUUGGACGUUUGUUUUUGUGGCAGAGGCUAAAGCAACUGAUGGAAGAAGCAAGUGAGGAGGACGAAGAUAAUUGAGAUGUUUACAAUCAUUACAUUCAGCCGAUUAUUUUCAGUACAGCAGGAAUACCUCAAGUCACUGAGCACCUACAGUUUAUUCUCCAGGACAUAAAUACUCUCGUCAGAGACUCACAGUCCAUAAGUAUUAAGUUGUCUUAGGAGGACCACACCAUCCAACUGUUCUGAAACCCUCUGCAUCUGCUUCAUAUAUAAGCAGAUAGCACAUCUAGACCUGGAAAGGCCAGCACUGGAGUCUCCCCCUGUUACCGAACUACAACUUCAAUCAUUCUCAGCCAGAUACAGAAAGGCUUAAGGGUGAUAAACUCUGGCAUAGUUUCACACAUAAAUGCAUUAACCAACAGGUUAAUUUGUAAUAAUUCAUGAUAAAUAAUGUUUACUACCAGCUUUCAUCUGAAUGCCAUUUUACUUUCAUUACCCUUGUUCUUUUUCAAACUAACAAAGAAUGACUUUACUAAAGAAAAUGGAAGCUUCUAUAGCUGUAACCACGUCAUUGUUAAUGUGAUGUUAAAUGUUGUGCGUGCCGGGAUCACUUACCAACACCAACUAAACCUUUCCCUUUCUGAGCUUUACAGUGUGUCCAUUCUAGCAAUGAUUGUAUAACAUUGAAAGUAGGUGUAUAUAAAUCAAUUUACCUCGCCUGAUCGAACUAGGCAAUAGGUACUGGCAUUUUGUAUAAAUUACAAUCAAAAUUCUCUUAAAUCUACUUGCCUUGCCUGUAUUGCCCAUGACCAUGUAAGUGGUUCCCACUCAGGUCUGUGAGGCCAAGCAGACCUCCCCAUAUUUUCACCAUUGAAUUAAGUACGUAGGUUUACCUGAGAUAUGAUUGGAAUCAUGCAAAAUAUAAUGUGAUGCAAAUGAUGGCCUAGCUCUGUCUUUUUUUACAAGCCAGAUGUCACAAUGAAAUCAUCUUAAAGCAAGCAUGUCAAACUCAAAGGCUUACAUGGGCAAAAUAAACAAGGUUUAUGUUUGUUUGGGCCGUAAAAAAACAGAAACUUCAGUUUUCAUAGAAACAUAGGUUUAUUUAGAAAAGUACAGUAUAAUAAAAGUUGCCUGACACUGGACGUCUUCACGCUCGUAGGGCUUCAAAGUAAACAAAAGAGCAAAUUUAUUUUAAGGAGACAUGCAUUUGCAUAUAACCAAUGUUUCAGUUCAACUACCUUUUUGGUAAUGGGACUCAAAUGGUGAAUGUAUGCUGUCGCACAGCUGUAAAAAAACAACUGAUGUUAUCUUGUUGAUUUUGAAGUGCUAUAAGUGUGUUCUUCCCUUUGGCUGAGAUCAUCAAACUUGAUAAUCCCAGCCAAUCCAAUGCUUUCCCAUAGGAAAGUAUUGGGAGGCUAUUGUGCAUUUGUGGCAAAAAGCUGCGUGGCCAAUCAGCAUCUCCCUGGGGAGCUUUCAGAGCCUCCAUUCAGACCCAAUCUAAUACACUGCCCCCCUCCCUCCACUCUAAUAUGCUGCCCUCCCCAAUUUAACACACUACACAGGAAGGUCCCCCAAGCCCUUCUUCCCCUACCUUAAGAUAAGCAGCCCAUCCUCCAGUUCCAGCCCUGCUCUUAUCUGCUCAAGCAGGCCAGAGGCUCCUCUGGCACUGCGAGCAGGAGUGAAGAGGGAGUGGCUGGCCUGCUCUACAGACAGACACUCUGCACUCUUGUGGCUGUGGGAGGGAAGACAAGAAUCAGACAGUGCAGGCAGGCUGCAAAUAUCUUCAUUGUGGGCUGCAAGUUUGACAUGCUUGUCUUAAAGGAACAAAUGUGUAUUCCCGACCACAUAGGUCUAAAAAGCGGUUUAGGCCCCCUGCUCACCUUUUUCCAGUGCUGCACUCACUCAGUGAUCUACUCACCUUUUUCCAGUGCCGCACAGGUCUGUAAACAUUUGGCCCUGCCCACACUCUGUUCCCAAUCCAAUGCAUUCCUAUAGGAAAUAAUUGGAAGGCUAGCGCACCAAUCAGCAUCUUCUUGUAGAAAUGCAUUGACUUAAUACCUCUCUAUGGGGAGAGUUCAGUAUCUCCAUGGAGAGCAUGACCCAGGAAGCACCUCUAGUGACUGCUACUGGAGGUGCCUCUAGGCAGUAAUGUAAACACUGCCUGUUCUAUGAAAAGGCAGUGUUUACAAUAAAAUGCCUGCAGGGACAGGCAAUAGACACCAGAACAACUAAAUUCCUGAGAUGGCGAACAGAUAAUUGCAAUAAAUUCUCAGAUUAAUUGGCAACCACGUUUGCCCGACCUUACAGCUCCCGAUUACUGCGGGAUAUUUGAAGGAGUGGAUGUACAUGAACAGCUCAAAGAGAAUAUCUAUGCUUAAAUUCAAGAACUAGAGCCUCAAACAUUAACUUAUGUUAUGAACAAUGCAAUUGAAAGUGUCCCACUUUGCGAGGCAGCAAAUAGAGCUCAUUUCUAAGAUGUCAUCUUUCAUACCUAGUCAAUCAACUCUCCAUACAUUAAGCAUUCAUUGUAUGUAAUAUCAUUGAAAUUGGUUCAUUAAUAAAUAAAAACGUUAUGGACUCCUCAAACCCCAAUUUGAAUUUUAGCCCACCCUGUAUAAACUUGAAUGAAACAUAACCAAAAAGAAAAGAAACAUAAAUAAAAUGGUGUAUGCUGUGAUAAAUUUAAAUGGUGAAACAUAACUAUUGACUAACUCACGUUAUGUAGAGCCAAUUAUAAUAUUUCUGGCUCAAAAGGAACUGCAGAUGGUACCUUAUAAGAGUCCACCACACCUCUCCUCUGUGUGUGGAGUGUUUUGGCAGGAUUGACCUCAGGAGGGAAAUAGGAAUGCAGUUAGUGCAAAAUCAUUAGUAACCUUUUCAAUAAUAUAAGAUUUAAAUGCACUCAUGUGGUUACGAGUACUGAUGUCGCGAACCGUUCGUGGCGAGCUCCGGUCAGCUGACACAUCCCGGCCAAUCUCCAGCAGACCCUCCCUCCUCCUGGACAGCAUCCAUGUUGAAGGCAUCUUCAACAUGGAUGCUGUCCAGGAGGUGGGAGGGUCUGGGAGGGAGGGUCUGCUGGAGAUUGGCCGGGAUGUGUCAGCUGACCGGAGCUCGCCGUGAACGGUUCGUGGCGAACCGUUCGCGGGAAGUUCGCGAACGGUUCGCGGCAUCACUAGUUACGAGCCUUAAAUUUCAGUAACAUACCCCACUUUUUGCAGCAAAACGGAUUCUUUCGAUAGUCACCUCUCUGUUAAAUAUACUUUUAUUUGAAUUCAGAAGCAAAAUAUAUUCUUAUAGGAAAUGUACAAUUUAACCCAACAAUUUAUUUUAUAUAUAAAUUGUUAAUUUUCAUACUUUCAUGUUGGUUACCAGAUGACCACCAUAUAUCCUGGACACUCUCAUAUUGAUCAUCACAUGAAAACCUCUUCCCUACUUAAUGAGGAAUUUACAUGGCUCUGGAGAGAAAUUGGAUAAAAUUCCAGCCAUUCCUUUGGAUUUCUUCUUGGUCAAUGAUUAAGGUUUGUCAGCAUAUGAAUAUUAUGUCAUACAAAACAGCCCUUUUAAUGGGCUGCCCAAGAAUAUGAGCACGUGAUAUUUGCCCAGGAAAACAGGAAAGAUCCAGUAGAUCUGGAAACUCAUAAUACAAUACCUCUAUGACUGGCAACUGAGCUUACUCACUUUUUCAUACUUAGCUUUCCUGUGCAUCCUUAACCCCUUAACGACCAAACUUCUGGAAUAAAAGGGAAUCAUGACAUGUCACACGUCAUGUGUCCUUAAGGGGUUAAACAGACAUAUUCACAAGAAUGUUUUCUUGUAAUCUAUUAAGUACUAACAAAUGCCGUAGUGUUAGAUACAUUAGUGAAAAGUGUUUGCUGCAAAAAGUCUGAAGGGAAUGAUUCUACUCACCAGAACAAAAUACAAUAAGCUGUAGUUGUUCUGGUGACUACAGUGCCCCUUUAAUGAAAUACAGUAAUACAAAUAUAUCUAACUAGCUACAGUUUAACAAUCACUGUUAUGUUGUGAUUUAUAACUCAAAUCUCACUGCCUGUGUCAGUGAGGCGUUUUUCCCCCCUGCUAGACCCAGGUAAAGGAGGACGACACACUACUAAUAGUGACAGGCUGUCACCCAGGGGCAGACUUAUGCCCCCCACCCCACUCCCAGACUGCACAAAACUCAAUUAGUACAGAUGUUAAAAGAAACAUGACAACAGCUAUUUUUUGCAAAGGCCAAUCUAAUCUUGACCAGCUAGCUUUUGAGAGAUGGCUGUUGUUGGCGAGGUAGAUUUUGUGGAGUAUAUACUUUAUUUAGAAAUAAAUGUAUUUCCUCCCCUUUACCAUCACUAGCUGCCAUUGUCUAGCUCGACAUCCAAUUAUGUUCAGUCCGCACUGCCAUAGUGCAUAACUGCAUGAUACUCUAGCUGGGUAUGAUUAUUUACAGUGAUUUACGUACUUUACAUCUUUUAAUAAAUAUGCUUUAGUUGGAUAUGAAAAAUACUAUCAGCUGUGUGAAAUUAAUAAAGAGGUGACUAUAUUAGACUGCAGCCACCAUAAUGUGUACUCUGUUUUCAGACACUGAUGCAUUUGUACUUGAAAAACAAACUGUUCAAGUUUUUAAAUUAGAACAAUACAUAGUCAAAAAAAAACAUAUAUGCAACGACUUAGCUAUGCCUUUCGUUUAGGUGUACGCUGGCUUAUAUUGUAAAAGAAAUAAAAUGCAUAUGGUGUUUAAACAAAUCCUGUCGUUUAUUGUUUAAUAUAGUCAUGCUUUCCACAUGGCUGUGUGCAAUACAUAUUAAUUAUGGGAUUUUUCAUAUAAAUUAGAAGAGCUCCAUACCUUUUCUCAGGUAAAAAAAACAAGAACACUUGGGAACUGUGGUUUUGGAGAUAAGAAACUAUUACCAGGCCAGCUGGCUCAACCCAGCUUGUAUCUAAUGUUUUGGUAAUGCUGUCCAGGCCCGAUUCCUGUCACGCAUUAGCUCUGCAGUGGUUUGCUGUAGGUUUGUGAGAAUCUGUUUAAUUCCAAAAUCUGAAAUUCACUCUGCAUUACAGGCAACUCACACUUUGGUGCACAACCUUGUCAGCAUUCCUAGAGUUUAGCUACAUUAUAUUAACCAAUUCAAACUUCUACUCAAUAACAGUAAAUGUACUGCUGUAAACUUAUUUAUGCAGGUCUUAUUGGAUAUUGUAAAAAUUACACGACUCUUGCAUUCUAGACAUGCUUUAAUAAUAUAAAUGCAGGUUACACCUACAGUUUAUAGACAUAAGAGAUAAUGGGUACUUCAUAAUUUGUCCAAGUUCAUACGCAAAACACUUCGGACAAAUUUGAAUAAGAGCAAAACCACAAUAUCUUGGUGUAAUGGGAGGCAGUAGCUUUCAUUUCAUACUUUGCAAAAAACAAAAAACAAAAAAAAAAAACAGUCACUACAGAAUCCAUAGUAUUGUUUUAAAAAUGAAAUGCAUGAGAAAACUUAAAAAGUAGUAACAGGGCAAGCCAAAAACGCCCCCCACAUAUACCUGUAGGACAUUUAAAUACUAGAUUAAUUUUAUUUUACAUAUGGCAGACGUGCACCCUCUGGUCAGUCAAACUUAUCAAAAAGAUAUUGGAUUGGGUGUGUGCUUCAGACUUUAAGCAGGGUGUAAACCUCAAGGCCUAAAAGAUCCAAAGCAAGUCAGUUUUGGGGCAUCCGUGCAGAGGUGAGUUAAACAGUUUCAAUUAAUCUGACUUCUCCACCUGUGCGUAAGCAGGAAUAUCCAGUCCUGCCAUUUUGCGUUCUUAACCCGAUAUAUAGACAGAGGUACGUAAAAAUUUGGGCAUUAAAACAUACUGUACACUUCACACCAAUUCUCUUACAGUAUCUCUUGUAUGUAUAUGUACAGAGAUUUACACUGCACACCAGUUCAAUGGGGGUAGUUAGCCCCCUACUUCCACUUGACAUGAAGCAGUUGUGUUUUAUCUUGAAACUGUAAUUUCAAGAACAUUGGACAUACUAUAAGAAUGUAUUGGCCAUUAAAUACAACAAUUAGUGCAGAUACAAGUAAAUAAAUAAGGUAAGUUUAAAAAAACAAAACAACACUCAAUAGAGUGAAAUUGGGUUAAAUAUAUAUAUUUUUGCAUUGUUUAUUGUCCACAAUAACAUGGGACAUAUUUAAUAACACUGCACAGUAAACAUUCUUUUACAUUUGCUGAGCGCAAUAUUUUAGCUCUAUUCAAUGGGGUGGAGGGAUGGUAUUGGGGAGACACAGUGAGAACACUGGAACAGGAGAUAUGGACAACCCUGUUCAGUCUAGAGGACAUAGAGAACAAUUACACAAGAGGUUAAAAGCAAGUUGAAAGGUUAAAAGUAUAUGAAAUUGACAGUUAUGCAAUCUCAAUUUAACUAAAAUGCUGAGAGUACCUUUACAGCAGGGCUGUCCAACCUGCGGCCCGCGUUACAGUAAUGUGGCAAAGGGCAAAAAGGAAAGAUAAUUUGUGUUAAAGGUAGACUGCAGUAGAGACAGAAAUGACACGGUCAUUUGUGAGUGUCCAAGACAAUGGCUUUCUACAAGAAAAAUGCAGACCAACAGUAUUUCUAUAAGUGGGAGUUGCAGAUGUGGAUAUGAACAAAUGACCGGUUAAGGUCACCAGAAAGAGACACCGAGCAAUAGUCCUAAGUGUGUAAUCAAGACUAAGGAUGGCUGAGGAGAGUUGGAACGAAGAGAGUUAGUCUGGUAUAUUACAAACCACUCAAGCAACCUCCAUGCUAAAUGGAAUAAAAGCGAUGAGACUGAAGUUAGAUACAGUUAGACGAGAAUAUUUUGUAGGAUGGGUGUAAUUAUUGCAUGCUUGAAGAAAGCGGUGAAAAAGUUACAUAACAGAGAGAGACUGAAGAUCCAGUCUUAAGACUCAAAUCUUACAUUUUACUCAUAUUGGCAGCCGGUUGAUGGAAGGUAAAAAUUACCAAAUUUGCUAGUAGUCUUACUGGGCUAAGAAGACCAUGUAUAAGUGCAAAGUAAAUAAUUUUAGUCUCAAUUCAAAUCUGGAAAGAAAAAGCAGCAAACACCAUACCAGUAAAUUCUUGACAUAGUCUAUUAGCAAAACCAUCUGCUAGAUAAAAGAGAUGUUAGCGUGAACUGGUAUUUCCGGCUUAUGGACUUUCUCACUGGUGUCCAGUUGCACGGAAAUAGAAGAAUGACAAAAUAAAGUUAGCCUAGACUCUUAAAAAGCCAUAUUAUACAUUUCGUGCAACGUGCAGCAGGUAAUGCAGGCAACCUUGACACAGAUGCUCAGAGUACAUAGAUGCAUGGACAGCCAGUGCACUGUACUUUCUUUUACAAGCCAUAAGUGGUAUCUGGGGUAUGUCAUACUGGUCCUUCACUCUGUUCGGUAGAGUCUUGCUUUAUCAUCAGUUCAAGAAGGUGUAAGUCUGCCUCCUCUGGUAGAGCUUCAUUUCUUGUGUACAGGUAGGCAUCUGUAUCUGCCGUGUCCAACAGCUCUGUAAGUGAGGCCACUACGGUGUCAUGUUCCUUCAAGGUUUCUGGAUAGCAAGACAUUGCCUGGUUGAUCCGUAAAGACCUCCGUAUAGGGGUUAGGAAUUUCCACUCUUGGCUGGCAGGCUCUUUCUUUUUGCUG